GUCAAGGGGACAGCUUAGAAGCGGAGUGCUCUGCUCCCAGCUGUUGGCGUCAGAGUCCUGCGACCAGUCGCCUGCUCACAUGUUGGCUUCUGAGCAGUUCAGAGCCGCGUGCCUGGUGGCAGUGUGAAUGUGGUGAUUUGAUGGAUAAUAGCUCACAUGCCAGUAUCUGGCUCUGCGUGUUAAAUACUGAAUUCUGAGAGCUCACCCCUGUCAUUAUGGGGGUCAUAAAAACAUUAGCAUUAUUUAUUUACAGAAGUACCAUGCAGACUAAGACUGUCACCCACCCUCUGUUUACCUCUCCCUGGAGGUAUCAUAAUAUACUCACAGGCUGCUCCACACAGGCAAGGUACAGCUUGUUCAGAGGAUUCAGCUCCUGGCAAGUAUGAAUAUUUCUCAGUUAUUUCGUUUGUAUGGGAAUUUAUUAACAGGGUUAUUGACCAAAUUGAGAAAUCAAAGUGAAUUUCAAAUGUAAGGCCAAAAUGCCUGAACUGGGAAAAAAUAAAAAUAUCUUUUUUAGUAUAGCAAUGGUUUGGCUAUUUGGACAUUAAAUUUGAAAUUCACUUUCAAUUCACUUCGACUCCUCGCUUCAUUGAAUAACUCUGUAACUCACCUCCGAAAUGUAGGGAAUUGAAAACCAAAGUAGUUGACGUGCAUGCACAAAAUGUUAUUAAAACUGUUAACGUAACUACCUUAGUUUUGGCAUAAAUGGUACAGCCACAGGUUUUGACAAAUCACUUUGAAAGCAAUCAAAUAAAACAUAAAUGCUGCAGAUUGAUAAUAAAGUGUAAAAGUGCUCAGAAUCGCUCAGGUUUUUGAUAAUAGUUGUCAGGUUCUAGGCACAAAUGAGUGCCUCGUGUCAGACAAAAGUGCAUCUGCCCUCCCCAGACAGCCAGGAAAAAAUAUCAGAUUCUCUCAAAUAAAUUAUUAGGGCAAAGGUCUUUAAAAAUAUUGAGAAUAAAUUAAAAUACUGAGGCCACUCGUAAGCCAGUUAAGUGGUGCUCAAAAGAAAACCAAGAGAAAAACAUAAAUAUCUCCCCCACAGUUUACAAACAGUCGGAACAAACUGUAUGUUCAGUCUUCUCUAUACUCUAAGCAGCAAAACAACUUGGCUCAAUGAUGCAGUUUUAGUGCUUCGAAUAGAUUGUGCCCUCUGGCAGACAGCCACUAGAGGUGGAGUUAACCUUGCCAGGUAUUUAUUCCAGGGUAGAGGGACUUGGGACACUGCACCCACACCAAUUCAUACAUAAAGUUGUGAGCCUAAUGUACUAGAAAAAAUUCUCUGGACAGUAAUAGGGGGGUAACCCUAAUUUUUAGCAAAACACAAACAUAGAGAGGAAUAACAAAAAGAAAGGGUGCGCCUUAAGAAAAUAAUAUUAUUGUAAUGGUAUAUGUAGUAUAGGCAGCACACCUAUAGAUAGAGAGGAAUACUGAUCCUGAUAAUAGGUAGUAGGUGAAUAAACCGUAACUGUUAUUGCUUUAUCAUACUAAAAUAGAUCACACAAAAUCCAAAAUGCUAUAUACAAAAAUAGAUAAAGAAAUAAAUUAAGUGGAAAGAAAAAUAUAUAGAGUCAAAAAUAUAGAAAAGAUAGGGAUAGAUUCCCUUUAUCUCCAUCAGUGAACAGUAAGAGCAGCGCACUUACUGUUCACCGGUCAUGCUCUGAACUGUACUCAACUUGUAGUGAUGCGCUGAUGGUCUGAUUCCUGCACAAUUUAAAGGGACACUCCAGGAACCCAGACCACUUCUGCCCAUUGGAGUGGUCUGGGUGACAACUCCAUCACCCUUAAUCCUGUAAGUGUAAUUAUUGCAGUUUUUAUAAACUGCAAUAAUUACCUUGCAGGGUUAAGUUCUCCUCUAGUGGCUGUGUAUCAGACAGCCACUAAAGGAUGUCAGUAUAUUUAUAUCGGCAGACAUUUUGUGCUAAGACAGAAAUUUAAAAGUAUAUAUUGCCAGUCACACUCAGAACAUAGGUGACUCCUGUGACGGUAGUAUAAGGUAUCACCGUCAAGCAUUCCCUUCUUCCCAUAAAAGAAAGUCACCCAAUAUUCCACAAGUAGAAAUAUACCUGGAAUCGCCGAAUAGUCCACACGUGAGCCAAAGCUUAAUGCUGGAACAAGACUUUACUGGAAGUAACAACAACAGGUAUUCAAGCUACAGUUUCUUUUAAGCCCUGCUCCCAUGCAGGGGAGGGACACACACGUUAUCUACAGUAGCCAAUAAAACAGAGGUUACAGCCCACACAAAAUCCUCCCCUCUGCCUGUGAUUCAAUUAUCUUAUACAAUAGAAGAUUCAAUUAUCACAGGUAGGAAAAAUACAGUUUUUUCAGCAUAUUCAUAACUUCUAAAAUAUACAUCACAUUCACAUAAAAAUUAUAUAUUCACAUUCAGGGAAUCAACAUAUCAAAAAAUGGCAUGAAUCAGACCAAGGGUUCAGAAGUUAGUAAAGUAUCUUUUGGGGCCUGGCUGGCAGCAUGGCUAUCUGGCCUAAACCGGUUUUAAAGAGCCCUCUAUCCUGGAGACAAUGGGGAAAAUAAUCCAAUUAUCCAGGGAUAGAGGCAGACUCCAUUGAGCACAUGUUCCCAGUAAAACACAAAAGGAUACAAAAAUACAUAACUCCUAUCAUACUGAAUUGAACGGGCCAAAUCUCCCAGGGUUUAUAGUCACAGGGCAAGAGGCGGGCAAGCAGUCCUCUCCAGGCACAAGUGGCGAAGGGCACUUCGUCACAGUAGUAAAUCCAUUAAUAAAGAAGCAAGGAGGGAAAGUAUCGAAUGAAUGGAGGGGGAUUCUUCACAACUCCAUAUUGGAAUUUCCAGGCUAAGAAAGACACAAAAUUUCUCUCUGUAACUCUAUUCAUUCAAGUCUGAGCUAAGGAAUGUGUUAUGUAAACAAGAUAAGGCAUGGUGUCUCACAAGGAUGGGGGAAGGAAUACUAACCUAAAGACAAAUAUAUAUUCUAUCCACUUAUAACAUACUAUUUUAUAUUAUCACAUAUAAUGAUUAUCAUGUUAAUAAUAUAGACUAUUGAUGAAGAAAUAUCAUAUUAUUAAUAAUAUUAGUGGAUUAUAAAUAAUCUCACACACAGCUUCACACAAGAAGACCAGAAAGCCAGACACCAAUGACAGAUAACACUUAGUAAUUAAUUUUUACUUUCUAAAAUGGAAUCUUACAACGUCCUAUUGUAAGUAAAAGGGUGAAAUUAAAGGACCACUAUAGUGCCAGGAAAACAUACUCGUUUUCCUGGCACUAUAGUGCCCUGAGGGUGCCCCCACCCUCAGGGACCCCCUCCCGCCCGGCUCUGGAAAGGGGUUUAAUCUUACCUUUUUCCAGCGCUGGGCGGAGAGCUCUCCUCCUUCUCUCCUCCUCCGUUCUGCCCCGUCGGCUGAAUGCGCACGCGCGGCAAGAGCUGCGCGCGCAUUCAGCCGGUCGCAUAGGAAAGCAUUUACAAUGCUUUCCUAUGGACGCUGGCGUGCUCUCACUGUGAAAAUCACAGUGAGAAGCACGCAAGCGCCUCUAGCGGCUGUCAAUGAGACAGCCUCUAGAGGCUUUGGGGGAAGGCUUAACCCAUUAAUAAACAUAGUUUCUCUAAAACUGCUAUGUUUAUUAAAAAAUGGGUUAACCCUAGCUGGAUCUGGCACCCAGACCACUUCAUUAAGCUGAAGUGGUCUGGGUGCCUAGAGUGGUCCUUUAAGGUUAGGAGGUGUCAAUUCUAAAUUACGAUUGGAAUUGCUGACGCUCUGUCCGGGAAAAAGCCUUUGAAAUUGGCAGGAAUUUAGAUUUAUAGUGGCCAUAUAGAUAAGCCAAAAUGACGUCAAAAUCAUCAUCAAUUUAAGUUAACCCAUUCUGCAUAGUGGCAAAUGGACCUCAUGACAAGAAAUUUUGGUGAUGUAAUUGCGCCAUCUACAGACAAAAUCUAGAUGAUAGUCUGUAGGGAAGACACACCUACAGUUCCCUAUUGGUCCUAUCAAUUAAUGAGGUGCAGAGAGUUUGGCCCUUUAAAAAGUAAGGACAAGGGAAGAGAGGGACAUUCAAUGAUUCAUACAUUCGGACAUUUUUGGGACACUCAUACUCUUUGAACCACACUCAAACUCUCUUUGAAACACUUGGACUAUACUUAAGAAACUAUCAACUCUCUCUUAAACAUACCUGAUUAUUAAUAAUUUCUACUGCAUUCAAUCACAAUCAUACUUGCAUACAAAUUCCUGGGACCUAUCUACACAUCUGAUAAGAAUAUCUACACAUCUGAGAGAAAAUCUACAACCUAACUGGUAAUUAUGCUGCUUUUAUUUAAUUAAAUUAGAUUAAUUAAAAUUUUACUAAUAGCAGGAAUAUAUAUUUGGAUACAUCUCGGUCAGAUUGUAUCAUGAAAAUAUUAUUUUUUAUAUUUAUCACCCCAUAAAUAUCCUCACAAGGACUUCCGGCUUCUUAAAACACGAUAAUUAUUUUAAACGACGCUGGACGUCCUCACGCUAUGCAUGAGGACCUCCAGCGUCACCGGGAUCCCAAAAGGAAAGCAUUGAAUAAUGCAUUCCUAUGGGGAGGCCUAAUGCGUGCGCCCGCGGCUAUUUCCGCACAUUCGCAUUAGGGAUUCCCCCGCCGGCGGGGGAUGGGCGUGGGCAGAGCCUGACCCAGCGCCAAGGGACAUUGGCGCUGAAUUCAGGUAAGUCACUGAAGGGGGUUUAAAGGACCACUAUAGGCACCCAGACCACUUCAGCUCAAUGAAGUGGUCUGGGUGCCAGGUCCAUCUAGGGUUAACCCUGCAGCUGUAAACACUGCUAUGUUUACAUUAGGGUUAAUCCUGCCUCUAGUGGCUGUCUCAUUGACAACCGCUAGAGGAGCUUCUGCGCUUCUCACUUUGAAAAUCACAGUGAGAUGACGCUGACGUCCAUAGGAAAGCAUUGAGAAAUGCUUUCCUAUGGACUGAUUGAAUGUGCGCGCGGAUUUCCGCGCAUUCGCAUUCGGUGGAUGACGUCGAGGUUGGAGAGUCCCCAGUGCCAAGGGAGCCCGGCACUGGAAAAAGGUAAGAAUUUAACCCAUUCCUCCCCCUUCAGCCCGGCGGGAGUGGGACCAUGAGGGUGGGGGGGACCCAAAGACCCUUUAGAGCCAGGAAAACGAGUUUGUUUUCCUGGCACUAUAGUGGUCCUUUAAAGGACCACUAUAGUGCCCUGAGGGUGCCCCCACCCUCAGGGUCCCCCUCCCGCCCGGCUCUGGAAGCGGGAAAGGGGUAAGAACUUACCUUUUUCCAGCGCUGGGCGGAGAGCUCUCCUCCUCCGAUCCUCCUUCUCUCUUCCCCGUCGGCUGAAUGCGCACGCACGGCCGUGCGUGCAUUCAGCUGGUCACAUAGGAAAGCAUUCAUAAUUCAUAAUGCUUUCCUAUGGACGCUGGCGUGCUCUCACUGUGAAAAUCACAGUGAGAAGCACGCAAGCGCCUCUAGCGGCUUUCAAUGAGACAGCCACUAGAGGAAAUAGGGGAAGGCUUAAUCCAUUCACAAACAUAGCAGUUUCUCUGAAACUGCUAUGUUUAUGAAAAAAUGGGUUAACCCUAGCUGGACCUGGCACCCAGACCACUUAGUUAAGCUGAAGUGGUCUGGGUGCCUACAGUGGUCCUUUAACCCCUUCAGCAAUAAUGGGGGAUGGGAGAGAGAGGGGCACUGCAAGAGGAUGUCUAACUACAAGCUGCUGUCAGUUCCGCUGAUAGCACUAGAUAGCUAGCUAGAUUAGUCUUUAUCCACGACAGUAUAUGUGCCCUCGAAGGCACACACUAGCUACAGGCUUACCUGGUGAUUGUUCUACCUGAUCUGUGUCAAAUCAACUAUCUAGUAUUUCAGUAAAGUUGCAGCCUUUCACUAGAUCUCUUUUUAGUUAAUCUUAUUUUUGAAAAUUUAGUUGAUAUGCCCUCUCUUCUUGUUGUGGCAUACAAUUCUAGAUAGGUUGUCUCUGUUAUGUUGCAAGAUUUCACCUUCAAGGGAUAUUGGAGACAAGUAUUGUCACUUUAGGCAUUGCUUUGAGACUUGUUGGCUGUUUUUACAUACACUGCUUUCAGCAUGAUGCUAUUACUGAGAUGGUUCAGAUAGCAAAGUGCUACGUUGUAUCUUACUUCUGUUAACACCUUGGAUAGCACUCUGAUACAUUGUAUAACAUUCCUGUAUACAGCUCAUAGUGUACUGUUGUUCACUGAGUGGAUCUAUCUAUUCUAUAUUUUUGUCUCUAUAUAUUUUCUUUCCACUUAGUUUAUUUGUUUAUAUAUUUUUUGUAUGUAGCAUUUUGGAUUUUGUGUGAUCUAUUUUAAUAUGAUAAAGCAAUAAAAGUUAAAUUUUCUUCACCAACUACCUAUAAUCUGGAUCAGUAUUCAUCUCUCUGUUUUUGUACUGCACCCAGACUACUUCAGUGAUCUGAAGUCGUCUGGGUACCUAUAGUGUCCCUUUAAGUCACUUAGCCACACCUCCGUCUCGCACAACCUCACUGGAAAAAGUGUGUCUCAUUGUCAAUACCAUCUUACAGCACAAUGUGUUUACUGUAGAAGUUCGUAUCGUCUGCAGAGAUGUCAGAAGGUGACAGAUCCACUUAAAACAUUUCUAAACUGUAAUUCCAUCAUUAUUUAAUACUUGCCAGGUCAUUUUAUGUGCAUUUACCAUUUUGUAAUAGUUUUUGACGUUAUGUUUUAUUUCCCACAUUGAUAAGCAUCUGUAGGUCUGGAAAUUACAUAUGUAAUUUGCAGGAAUUAGCUGAUCAUAAUGGAGGUAUCAGAGGUUUAAAAUGUAUUAUUGAUUAUGAGGCUGACUGCAACUCUAUUUCAAUGUUUAUUUUUGGAAAGAAAACAUAGCAGCCCCCUUUAAUCCCUUCAAUACCAAAAUCAAGUUUAAAUGUUUUUAUUUUCAUGUACUUUGCUACAUAAAAAUUUGUCCAUAAAGUCUCAUUCAUACUCUAGUUAUGAUUGCCAGCCUGUAGAGGAACACGUUUCCUUGCCUGAAGCCACUAGUCACUGAUAUAAUGAAUGAAAAGUUGCUGAAAUUGUAAACUCACUCCUGCUUUCAAACAGUACAGAAAGUUUUACUGGGUGAUAGCCAGGGGAGGGCUGGCAGCCUUAGGCCUGGGGGGCAAAUCCAGUCAGUCAAGUGACCCAUUGCACCACGGAAUCAGCUCGCCAUCCAUACCACACUCUAACAAACACACACUCACUGACAGGCACACAUACACUGACAGACAAACACACAAACUGUUACAGGCAUACUGACUUACAGACAGACAGAUAUACUGACACACACAUACAGGCAUACUGGCUGACUCACACAGACAAACUGGCACACACACACACAAACAUGCCCACCCAGUGGCCCUAAGUGUAUGGGCCACCCAGUGGAACUCCUUAGUGUGUGCAAUACCAGCACCGCGGGCCCAUGGGGGGGAACAUUUUUAUACAUAUAUAUAUAUAUAUAUAUAUAUAUAUAUAUAUUUCUGGAAAUAUAUUGCUGGAAAGACAACCCUGGAUUUAGGGCGGCUUGGGGGGAAAUUGCCUCCCUGACCCCAUCCCAGCCUGACCAUGGUGAGAGCAGUCUUACAGUUGGAGGAGGGGGGUGUAAAUGAACUCUACCAUUUCACUAUCAGUAUUACAUUAGCAGUCAAAAGAUUGAUAAAGUGUUAUAGCAGUUUUAAAUACCUUUGUUUUAAAAUAUAUAUAUAAUUUAACUGUAUUUACUAUAUGUGGGGAAUAUGCUCAAAUGCAGGUAUUCUUUUUACAUUCUGUUGCCAUUUGUAGUAAACUGCACUGAUAGUAAUGCCUUUGGGGUCCUUACAAAUAUCUAUAAGCAAAGUAUUUGACUAUUUUUAUUUAUAUACUUUUGUCACACCUACUGUAAUAUGUGCACAAAAUUGCUGUCUUAUGAUGUGUUUAUAUGCUAGCUAUGCAUCCCUUGCUCCAAGUAAUUCUAAUGCUAAUAUUUUUUAUAAUGUGGCUGUACCGCCGCCUCAGCUAAGAUCCUCAGUAUUGACAACCACAGCCAAUCCAUUGCUUCCUCAUAAGGAAGCUUAGGAAGGCUAGUGCACAUAUGCGGCAAAUCACUGCCCUCCGCCAAUCAAAUGCUCUGUAUGAGCAGCAUUGAUUGAAUAACCAAGUCAGGAAGUGAUGUGUUGAACCCUGAAAUGAAAACUUUGCUGUUUCUACAAAAUAGCAAUUUACAGGUUUAAAAUGACAGGGGCAAUGCAUCCAGACCAUUUCUGUGAGGUGAAGUGGUCUGGGUGCCUUUAGUGUUCGUUUAAUACUCCCAAUUGCUGACAUUUUGCCAACAAUAAACUUGUGGGAGUAUCAAUAUGUUACUUAAAGGGAUAUGCUACGCACCAAUCAGCCUAUGAAAAUUGAGUAAUGUAUGGUGCAAGGAAUGCCCCUGUUUCUGCCUCUCUGAACACAGUUGUUUGUAACUUCAGAGAUUUGCACAAACAAUGUCCCUUCUCCCUCAGAUGCCAUUGGAGGAAUUUGCACUUACUCCUGUUGUCCGAAUGUAAGCUCACUUGGGGGACAUAUGCCAUGCAAGCCCUACGUUCUUUCUCCAGCUCGAGUGCACUGGUGGUUGUUGACCUGGGAGAGUGCUAUGCAUAGUCCAAUUCACUUAACUGUGAAUGGAACUGCCGGUUGACUGAUAGAAGCGGCGGUAUGGCUGCAAUAGGUUUAUUUGGCAGUUCUGCUCAUCCUAUGACUGCUGGGGCCUGAACUACAUAUCACAUUAACAUAUACUGGACACGGGUUUGUGGAAUAAGAUCAAAACCCAUAUACCUGAAUGAGAAGCUUGUAUUUAGUGCUGCCUGUAAUGUAAUUUAAUUAAAAAAUAUACUCCUAUUUGAAAAUCUUACACUUUCUUAAGAACUGCAAGCUGUGCGUCAUUUGCAAUGAGCUCUCACCAAACAAGGAUGUGAUUGACACCUACUAUAUAUUCUAUAGCACAAAUGAACGUUUCCCAAAAAGCAUUUCUUUAUGAGCACAAUAAGGGUUGAUGGGAGUUGAAGUUCAACUUAGCAUUUUGCUGUGGAAAACAAAACGGAACUAAACCUGUUAAAGCUGUUUAAAAAAAUAAAAUAAACACUGCAGGACGGAAAGAGGGGGGGAAAGAAAGGAGCAAAACUAAUAAGACCUAAUCGAGAAAGAAAAAAUAACUAAAGAAGAUUAAGAAACAAACAAAGCACCCAGCAUAGCUCACUCUAACCUAACCUACAUAUUGCACCAAACAUGCGGGUGCCUGGAUUACCUCCUCAGUGCUUCCUCUUUAAAGGCAUAAUUUAAAAAAAAAAUUUUUUUUCCUUAAUACUUUUUUAUGUAGAACUUGGAUAUUCAAUCAAACAUUAGAUUCAGUUAUCAUGACAACCUGAUCAAUACUAGUAUGAUAUACCUAUAGCUGAUCACACAAACCCAUGGAAACACAAACACAUUCUGUUUCUUAAACUUCGUUCUAUAUUUAGUAUUGCGUUUACAUUGAGUACCCCUUGCAGUGCAUGGCGCUAGCUGUGCUGUACUGCACAAAAUCUUAGAUACGUUUAAAUCGCCCAUCAUUUCCUGUUGCUAGAGCAACAGGAGUUUUUAGAACAUAUUGCUCUCUUGUGUACUUCACAAGAUGCAGCAAUACCUACAUAAUGGAAGCUCCGCGGGACCCAAUGUAUAUAUUUUACACGUGAAAUCUAAAUAGGAUGGUGUUUCUAAAUAAAAUAAUAAUUGUACAAAUUACUAUUAUGAAAAGAAUGGUGGCUACUAAUUUUAAUCAAAAUCAUUGUUUCACACACGUGUGAGCUAUCCAUGAAAUGAGACUACACCUUUAUCUCAACGAAUGGUAUUGAAACAAUUCAUGUCUGAUUAGAAAGGAUGAGAAAUGUUAAAAGAAUGAUCAUGCUGGCAUGUGUAGACCAUUUACUGGUUGUAGUCUUAGGUCUAAAGCUUUUUUUUUUUGUUGGGCAUCCAUCCAAUCAAGAUUGAAAAAAUUAUGCAUAUGUCCGUGGGCGUCCGCAGGAUUUUUUCCGGGGGGGGGCAUAAUUGUAAUGACAUCCAUGCUUGGCCCCUUUUUGACAGUGUCAUGAAGGGGAGAGGCAUAGUCAUUUUCAUAUGAAGCCAGGGUGAAUAGUGUUUUCACAAUUAUGGUGUCAGCAAUACAUGUUUGUAUUUAAUCAAAUUAAAGUGACAUUCUGGUCAUCAUAAAAACUUAAUCUAAAUGAAAAUGCUAUGAUGCCAGUAGGCCUCUUUCCUUCAAGGAGUUAAAUUGCUCUCAAAUGGCUUAACCCCAAAGGCUUCCUCCAGCUCCAGAUCUCCAGGUCGCUCAGUGGUAUUCAACUUCUGAAUUGGAGUGUUAGGAAGUGCAGAUUGACAUCAGGCAUGGGUGCCGCUAAUUGACUAGAGUGUUCAGCUGACGCUCUAUGCCAAUCGCUAGUUCCCAUUUCAUAAAAAUGUUUUACUUUUUUAUGAAUGGGGAGCUACUGAUUGGCUUAGAGUGCCAAAUAAACAGAAAAAUUCAGAGAAAAUGCACAGAUUCUGAGCACCAUAGCUAUUACAUUAAGUUGAAGCAGUUUUUUGUUUAGUCUGUCCUUUAACUCUCAGCGACAAUGUUUUCAACAAUACCAUAGUGGGCUUAGCUUCCAGACUCUACAUUCAUGAAUUUAAACUCCCUAUCUUGAACUCCAUAACUUUGCCCAUUUUUUCUGAGUGUGCCAUAAGUAAAGAGUAUUAAUGAUUGCAUUGUAGCAGAAAUAGGAUGUGGGAGAUUUUUUUUCCAUUUACGGGAAGAAACUUAAAAUUAAAAUAAAGACAAAAAACAGUACCCCAGAAAAUAGAAUUGAUUAUGGUGGGUUUUCUCAUUCCUCUAAUUUUGUCUAUAUGUUAAAGGGACAGUCGAAGCAUGAAAAACAAUACAUCUUAAAGUAGUGGUUUUUGUGUAUAGAUGCGGUCUCUUUUCUCUGGUAAUGUCUGUGAACACUGGCAGCAUUACUCCGUAAAGGGGCACUAUAGUCGCCAGACUAACUACAACUUAUUGUACUUGUUCUGGUGAGUAUAGUCAGACCCUGUAGGCUCUUUUACAUUACAGCCUAGGGACACUUUCAGUUGCCAGUCCUCCUAUCGCUACUAGAGGUGCUUCCAUGAUGUGCAGCACUGACAUUCAGUGUUUCCACCUUUGCACACUGAACUUUCCUCAUAGAGAUGCAUUGAUUCAAUACAUCUCUAUGAGGAGAUGCGGAUUGGCCAGGAUGGUGUUUGGCCCCGCCCUCUGCCCACCUUCUUGGCAAUCUCAACCAAUCCAUUGCUUUCCUAUAGGAAAACAUUGUGAUUGGUUCAGAUCAUCACUUCUGAUGAUGCCAGCCAAGGGCGCAGAUCGUGGGCAGAGCCAGCACCGACUGGAAUAAAGGUAAGAUUUGACUAUAUUUAGAGUGGACAAUAGGGGGGGCUAGACAGUAAUUUUAACACUAUAGAGUCAGGAAUACAUGUUCCUUUAAGAUCAUAACAUUUUUUCGAAGGAAAGGGGGACCAUGAAUCCAAAAACAUCAGGAAUACAUCUAACUUUAAAAGUAAUUAAGAGUGUUCCUUUGAAAAGUAAUAUUGUUUAUUGCUAGAAAAUGUCCGUGCAAUGUAAAGAUAUACGUAGCUGUGUAUGUUUGUCAUCCUCUGAUCUAUAAAUAAACAGCCAUCAUUGUACAUAAUCACAGUUAGAAAUCCUGUUUUUUUAAAAAGGGUCUUCUAGAAUGGGAACGAAAACAUUGGCAAAAAUUGUCUGGGAAAUACCGUCCUUUAUCAGCGGCGUUGAAAAAGCAAUUAAACAUAAUGCACGAAAAGUACCCUAACAGAUCAGAAAGAGAUGUGGUGAGUAAGGAAUGAUUUUAACAGACUGUAACAUUUUUAAAACGGACAUAAUCAUAGAUCUAUUUAAGUUGCUUCUGCUUAACUGCUGUUAUCUGUGUAGUGUAAUAACAGUACGAAUUGUUAUUGAUACAUUCUAUGUGACAAAACAUUAUGUACAGAGUGUGUGUACAGUUGCAAUCAAAAUUAUUCAUUGAAAAUCAGGGAAAAUUUACAGACUUCAGCUGUUUGCAAUGGACAAAUCAAACAAAAGCAUUUGAAAUAGCUCCACACAACGAAUGCUUCUAGUGGUUUCCCCAAAUUCAACUAAAAAUGCAACUAAUAAUGAUUUCUCCAGUCUCAAAAAUAUUCAACCCCUUCAUGGCAAGCAUCUUUAGUACUUAGUAGAGCCUCGUUUUGCUGUUAUGACCUGCUGCAAACGAGAUGCAUAGCCAGACACCAGCUUCUGGCAGCGUUCCUGAGGAAUCUUUGCCCAUUGUUCAUGAGCAAUGGCCUCCAUUUCAGUAAUAUUCUUGGGUUUGCAUGUUGCAACCACCUUCUUCAAAUCCCACCAGAGAUUUUCUUUGGGGUUCAAGUCUGGUGACUGUGAUGGCCUCUGUAGAAUUGUCCAUGACAUUUUCUGCAGCUAAGCCAUAGUGGAAUCUGAGGUAUGUUUGGGAUUAUUAUUUUGUUGAAACGUCCAAUGCCAUUCAGUAAAUCCAUGUUGCCUUCCAGACUCUGCAGGUUUCCAGUACCAGAGCAUGCAAAGCAGCCCCAAAGCAUCACCAAGCCACCUCCAUGCUUAAUUGUAGGCAGAGUGAUCUUUUCAGCAUACAGGUGAUACUCGAAAAAUUAGAAUAUCGUGCAAAAGUUAAUUUAUUUCAGUAAUGCAGCGUAAAAGGGGGAACUAAUAUGAGAGAGACUCAUUACAUGCAAAGCAAGAUAGUUCAACCCGUGAUUUGUCAUAAGUACGAUGAUUAUGGCUUACUGCUCAUGAAAACCCCAAAUCCACAAUCUCAGUAAAUUAGAAUAUUGUGAAAAGGUGCAAAAUUCUAGGCUCACAGUGUCCCACUCUAAUCAGCUAAGUAAGCCAUAACACCUGCAAAGGGUUCUGAGUAGAGAUGUCGCGAACCGUCCAUGAACUUCUCGCGAACGGUUCGCCGCGAACUGUUCGUGGCGAACUCUGGUCAGCUGACACAUCCCGGCCAAUCUCCAGCAGACCCUCCCUCCCAGACCCUCCUACUUCCUGGACAGCAUGCAUGUUGAAGCUGCCUUCAACAUGGAUGCUGUCCAGGAAGUAGGAGGGCCUGGGAGGGAGGGUCUGCUGGAGAUUGGCCGGGAUGUGUCAGCUGACCGGAGUUCACCGCGAAACCGUUCGCGAGAAGUUCGCGGAUGGUUCGCGACAUCUCUAUUCCUGAGCCUUUAAAUUGUCCCUCAGUCUGGUUCGGUAGGAAUCACAAUCAUGGGGAAGACUGUUGACCUUAAAGUUGUGCAGAAAACCAUCAUUGACGCCCUCCAUAAGGAGGGAAAGCCUCAAAAGAUAAUUUCGAAGGAAGUUGGAUGUUCCCAAAGUGCUGUAUUAAAGCACAUUAAUAGAAAGUUAUGUGGAAGGGAAAAGUGUGGAAGAAAAAGGUGCACAAGCAGCAGGGAUGACCGCAGCCUGGAGAGGAUUGUCAGGAAAAGGCCAUUCAAAAGUGUUGGGGACUUUCACAAGGAGUGGACUGAGGCUGGAGUCAGUGCUUCAAGAGCCACCACACACAGACGGAUCCUGGACAUGGGCUUCAGAUGUCGUAUUCCUCUUGUCAAACCGCUCCUGAACAACAAACAACGUCAGAAGCGUCUUACCUGGGCUAAAGAAAAACAGACCUGGUUUGUUGCUCAGUGGUCCAAAGUUCUCUUUUCUGAUGAGAGCAAAUUUUGUAUCUCAUUUGGAAACCAAGGACCCAGAGUCUGGAGGAAGAAUGGAGAGGCACACACUGCAAGAUGCUUGAAGUCCAGUGUGAAGUUUCCAGUCUGUGUUGAUUUGGGGAGCCAUGUCAUCUGCUGGUGUUGGUCCACUGUGCUUCAUUAAGUCCUGGGUCAACACAGCCGUCUACCAGGAGAUUUUGGAGCACUUCAUGCUUCCUUCCACAGACAAGCUUUAUGGGGAUGCUGACUUCAUUUUCCAGCAGGACUUGGCACCUGCCCACACUGCCAAAAGAACCAAAGCCUGGUUCAGUGACCGUGGGAUUACUGUGCUUGAUUGGCCAGCAAACUCGCCUGACCUAAACCUGAAAGAGGCUGGGGCAUUGCCAAGAGAAAGAUGAAAGACAUGAGACCGAACAAUGCAGAAGAGCUGAAGGCCACUAUUGAAGCAUCCUGGUCUUCCAUAACACCUCAGCAGUGCCACAGGCUGAUAGCUUCCAUGCCACGCCGCAUUGAGGCAGUAAUUGCUGCAAAAGGGGCCCAAAUAAAGUACUGAGUCCAUAUGCAUGCUUAUACUUUUCAGAGUUCCGAUAUUGUUCUAUGUACACUCCUUGUUUUAUUGAUUGCAUGUAAUAUUCUAAUUUACUGAGAUUGUGGAUUUGGGGUUUUUUAUGAGCUGUAAGCCAUAAUCAUCACACUUAUGACAAAUCACGGCUUGAACUAUCUUGCUUUGCAUGUAAUGCGUCUAUGUCAUAUAUUAGUUUCCCCCUUUACCUUGCAUUACUGAAAUAAAUGAACUUUUGCACGAUAUUCUAAUUUUUUCGAGUAUCACCUGUAUGCUUCAUUUUUCUUCCUCCAGACAUACUGCUGAUCCAUUUGGCUGAAAAGUUCCAGUUUUAUUUUAUCGCUCCCAAGAACAGAAUCCCAAUACUUAUGUGGCUAAUUUAUAUUAUUUUGAGCAUUUUGGAGCUGACUUUUCUUGUGCUUUUGGGUUAAUAGUGGUGAAUGUCUUGGAUUUCUGUCAUGGAAAUCUUCUGCUUUUAGUACGCACCCUACUGCGCUCAAUGAAACCACAGUGCCUGUUGCCACCAAUUCUUGCUGCAGGUCUUUUGUACUUUCUCAGAAAUCUGAGUAACCACUGUUCCUUUAGCUUUGAACUUGUGAACUAUGCUUCCAACGGUAUCUCUAGGAACAUUCAGUGCCUUCUCUAUCUUUUUGUAUCCUGUUCCUUAUUUGUGAAGGGCCAUGAUCUUUUCUCUUAGCUUUGUGACCCAUUCUUUUGUCUUAGCCACUCAAAAAAAAAAACCUUGCCAGUUCAUGUAUUUCGAGUGUUCAAACUAAUGAAGAAGUGUGCUUGAGACUGGCUUGGAAAGAAACGUAUAUUUCUCAAGGCAGUUUAAUGAAUGGUGAGUGACUGACUGGCUGAGAUUGCCAGCUGAACGCUCUCGACCAAUCAGCGGUGCCCCUGACCAACAGCACCCCGCGCUUUCUGAAUCUGAAAAUUCAGAAGUUGGAUGCCGGCAGGGGUGGAGCUGAGAACGGCACUGGAGGCAACUUCAGGGGGUACGAGUGCUUUCAAGGGACUCCUGGUACCAUAACAACUUAAUUUAGAUGAAGUUGUGUUGGUGCCUGGAGUGUUCCUUUAAGAACCAGUAUGGAACAAUAAAAAUUAAUUUUUCUCUAAAAACUGCCACUACAGGAGAAAGAAUCUUUGUGAAGAUUCUUGGAGCAGAUGUAAGGCCAAAAGGAAGAGCCAAAAACUGGAAAUGCUAAAUUAUUCUGACAUUUGUUUAUGGCAAAUCUUUAAAAUCUUCUGGCUGUCUGAGUAAUAUGUGGAGAUAAGCAUCUUUCAGGUCUAGAGCAGCCAUAACACCCUCUUUUUGAAGGAUCUGAGUUACUGACAAAAGCGUUUCCAUUAUGAAUCUCUGAUGGUGAAUGCAUUGGCUGAGUCUCAGGAGAGGGCUGGCAGCCUCAGGCCUAAAGGGCAAAUCCAGUCAGUGGCCCAUUGCACCCCCAAAUCAGUUCACUAUCCAUGCCCACCUUUUCCUGGUUCUAUAACGGAUAUUGAUGUUAUGCUAAUCAGUAGCUCAUUUGCGGCUCCGACUUUCAAUGCUGUUAGAGCACAGGCUGAAAAUCUCUGAGCCUGUACUCUGACUCACUAACUGAGCGCCUGGACCACAAGGGAGAGGAUAUGAUCUGACUGCACCUAUUGCUGGUGCGCACCAAUGGACCACCAGGGAAUCAUUGAAAUUAAAUAUGGUGGUGUCCCCAACUUGUGAGCUGUGUUGGCCGCCGGGCGCCUCUGUUGUCAUGGCACCCUACGUGACUGCACAGCUUGCACACCUCAAAGGCUGGCCUUGCUGACAGACACACUGGCACUCACUCUCAAUAACACACACAGACAAACACUCACUGACACACACUCACACACAUUCACUGACAGACACUUACUUGACAGACACACUCACUGACACACAUACUUACUGACAGACACCAGUGCCAUCUUAACAACCUUAUGGGCCUCCGGGCAAAGCAGUGCAGUGGGGCCCUGCCUACACAACUUACAGUAAUAAAAACGUAAAUUAUAGAUACAACGAAGAUUAUAUUUAUAAGUACCUCCAACAAAUGCAAUGCAUACAUACAAUACAUAGACACAGACUGCUGAAUACAGUCACAGACUGCUGAAUACACACACACGAUGACUGCUGAAUACACGCAUACAGACUGAUGAAUAGAUACACACACACACACAUACUGAUGAAUAGACACACACAGACAGACUUCUGAGUACACACAGACAGACCGCUGAAUACGAACACACACAAACAUACACACAGAAGGCUGAAUACAUACACAGAUCACUGAACACACACACUGCAGUGUGUGUGUACGAGUGCUGUGAGUGUGGGGUGCUGUGUGUGUGUGUGUGUGGAGUGCUGUGUGUGUUGGGUGCUGUGUGUGUGUGUUUGAGGGGUGCAGGUAGCAAAUAUUUUUUGUUUUUUUAAUACUACUAUACAUUAAAGAGGCACUAAAGUCACCCAGACCACUUCAGCUCAAUGGGUCUGGGUGCAAUGUUCCUCAAAUGCAGUUUCAUAGCAGUUUCCUAUGUUUAAAUUGGGGUUAAGCCAGCCUCUAGUGGCUGUUUUCCGGACAGCCACUAGAGGCACAUCUGCAACGCUGGAGGCAUAUUAUGCCUCCAUUGCGCAGAGCGUCCAUAGGAAAGCAUUCAAAAGUGCUUUCCUAUUGACAGCUUGAAUGCUCCACGCGGCACUUGCUGCGCAUGUGCGCUCGGCAGAGGGAGCUGACGUCGGCGGGGGAGGAGAGGUCAUCAGCGCUGAGGGAGCCCGGCGCUGGAAUAUGGUAAGCUGCUGAAGGGGGUUUAACCCCUUCACCGCCAUGGGAGGAGGACCCUGAGGGUGGGGGCCCACUCAGGGCACUAAGGCACUAAUAAAAUCUAUAUGUCCACCCACCCUUCUUCUUACCAUUGGUGAAAGAGGCUGGGACACAGCCAGCCCUGGUGGUCCAGUUGUGAAUUCUGUAUAGCCUUUAGCUUGUCUGGCUGCAGGCUGUCUCCUGUCCUCCUGCGCGCAGAAUGCUGUGUGGAGCAUUGCCAUGGUAAGGCGCGGCAACGCUCCACACAGCCUGCUUGUGGGAGGAGCGAUCUGCCUUACAGGUCGGCCUCUCAUGCAGCCCUAGGUCCUAGCUACCUCUCUCCCCGAUCGAAGGGAGAUCUCCCUCACCAACCCGAGGGAGCUCACGGCCAGAAAACAGGGCCACCUCUCCAUUGGCCGGCAGGGGAGAACAAUGGAUAUCCCCUGUCGGCCGGGCAUGCUGGGCAGACAAACACUUCCAGACACAGACACACACACACUUACUGACAGACACACACAUUCACUUCCAGACACACAUGCACACACUUCCUGAUACACACACUCACUUCCAGACACACACACACACACACACACAACUGACUGACAGACACACACACUCUCUUCCAGACACACACACUUCCAGAUACACACACUUACUUUCAGACACACACUCACAAAUUAAUUGUAUUUCUUGUUGCUCCUACCUUUAGGAGUCCUCUGGGGCCUCUCCCUGGGGUCCAGUGACUUCCAUGCUCUUCCUGCUCCUCUCUGCUCCCUCGCGCAAUUUAGUUUUGCGGGGCCGGAAUGACGUCAUAUUCCAGCUCCCGGCAUCACCAGAGAGGGUGCGCGAGGGAGCAGGAAGAUCAUCAGCAGAGGCAGUGUUCCCUCACCGCUGCCUGCCUCCUUCCUCACACGGCCGAUAUAUUCCUGCAGAGUAGGCACCUGCCAUCUGGGACAAGCAGGUGCCUACUCUGCCCUGCUACCGGGGCGCCCUAGGUGGCCAGUUGGCCACCUGCUGGGCUCCCUGUGACAGGCCAUGGGCCUGCUCCGCGCGGCACCUCCCUCCUCCAGGUGUCCCAGGACCGGCUGCUGCCCUGCAGCGGACGUUUUUCAAACGAUUUAGGGCGGCCUGGGGGGCAAUUGCCUCCCUGCCCCAGCCUGCCCCUGCUGAGUCUUUUCAAAACUAGAAUAGGUCUGAAUGAUUUCUCUGUUUUUUUCCACAAGAAAAAGCCUUGAGUAAACUUAACAAAAAAUGUAUGUAUUGGAGAGUCUGGGAUGUAGUUAAAUAUCGGUUGUGUGUAUGGGUGAUGGUUAUCUUUUUUUUGGGGGGUGGGGUGGGCGCACACAGACAUAUUUUUUUUUUUUAUUAUUAUUAUUAGCUGUAGUUGCCUAAAUUUGCCAUUUGUGUUUUAAAAUUAAUAAAUUACACCCUUUAUUUUACAAUUCAUGUGACAGGUUUAUUUCAAAACAGUUUAAUGACAGGAAGAAUAAUAAAUAAUUUGUUGAUGGCUAAAGGGUUACUCCAACCACCAUAACCACUUCUUCUUUUAGAAGUGGUCAUGGUGACACAGCUCUGUUUUUGAGGCACUUUUGCUUAAAAAACUACACAUCUGGGACCCUCCAUCCUUGAGCAACGCACACCAAUCCACCGGCCAUCGCCAGAAGGGAGGCAAGUAACCUAAUAACCCAUAUACUGCAGCAUGGGAAUGUGAUAUUAAAUGGUAUACCUGUAUGUCAGGAGCACCAAUCUCCUGCUAGUUCGACAACUUAUUUCAAUGUUGAACAUUUACUCACAUAAUGUAAGGGGAAUGAACACCCCUCAUAAACGCAGGAUGCUACUCAGAGAUGCAAAAAUAGCCCAAGCUGACAUUGUGUGCCUCCAAGAGACACACUUCGUCAAAACUAAAGUCCCCAUCUUUGGCACUAAGGACUAUCCAAUACCAUACAACGCACACAUCGAAAGCCAGAGGCGUGACAAUACUAGUGCACAAAUCACAGGCAUUUGAAUUACUCAAAUUGGUGACAGAUAGCCAGAGAAGAUAUGUUAUACUGGUAUGCAACAUAAACAGCACCGCGUACACCAUAGCAAAUAUAUAAAUAUACAGCCCUAACACAAACCAAAGGAACUUCCUACACAAGGUGCUCACGAAACUAGAACCCCUUCGUUCCCCACAGCUCAUUGUCUGUGGAGACUUUAACCAUAUUUUCUACCAAGAAAUUGACACAUCAGCAACCCCGCUAUUACCCAGAAGCAAAACAUUACACACACAAUGCACGUCCAUAGCUAAAUUGCUGACUGAAUUCAGCAUAUAUGACUCGUGGCAAACACUCCACCCAGUAAAAAGGACCUAUUCCCACUACUCUCAGGUCCAUAAGACCCACUCUAGGAUAGAUCAUAUACUAAUAUCAGCCCCGACACUACUCAAGACAAUAAAGUGCCACAUAGAGACAUAGUGUGGUCGGACCACGCCCCACUAACUCUGCAAUUGACUGACACAUUCCCCUCGAGAGGAAAGGCCCCAUGGAAACUCAAUGAGUCGUUACUAGCAGAUGAACAAUUCAAAUUGGCAGUAGAAAAGGACCUGCAGGCGUACUUUGCUACCAAUGACACACCAGACAGCACAGCACUGACUCAAUGGCUUGCCCAUAAAUCAGUAAUAAGGGGUAUCUUCUUAAGCCGCGCAGCACAUGUCAAACCCAACUCCUGACACUACUGAGGCGACUGAGAGACACCACCACACAGCACUUUAUCUCCCCGACUCCAACCCUGCAAACCACCAUAGACCAAACACAACAAUUUAUUAAUGAGUGGCACUUAAGCAAGACCAUGUACAUGCAGCAGAAACUUAGAACGAGAGAAUACGCCCAGGACAACAAAGCUAAGAAGCUGCUGGCGUCAAGGAUUAGACCGCAACAGCAGACCCAAAAAAUCCCUUAUCUCCUGCAAACAGAUGGCACGAAAAUAUAUAACCCACAACACAUAGCUGACGAAUUGGCAAAAUACUAUUCUACACUAUACAAUCUUAAAUACGACAUGACAGUAUACCAGCCGACAGAGGUAGACAUUAGCAACUUCCUAUCACGUAUGCAACUCCCGACUCUCUCCCCAAGCCAACAAUGAACACUUCAGACCCCCAUUACGGUAGAUGAAAUUAUUUCAACAAUUGAAGCACUGCCAUCCAGCAAAUCGCCAGGGCCAGACAGACUUCCAAAUGUAUACUACAGAACCUACUCCAAAACAUUAGGGCACCCCUUACACAACGCAUUCCAAGCCAUGUUACAAACUGGAGACCCACAACAAGAUAUGUUGAUGGCGCAUAUAGCGGCAUUAUCAAAACCAGGAAAACCCCCCAUCAAGAGCCAAAACCUCCAACCCAUAUCAUUACUGAACACAGACAUCAAAAUGUUAGCAAACAUUUUUGCCAACAGACUGUCAACAAUCAUACCAACGAUAGUGUACGACGACCAGGUGGGAUUUGUUAGGGGCCGACAGGGAGCAGAUGGUACCAGGAAAGUGCUGGACCUGAUGCACUAUAGGGAUCGACCGAUAUUGAUUUUUUUAGAGCCGAUAAUCUGUGAACUUUCAGGCCGAUAGCUGAUAACUUGCCGAUAUUCUGUACAUUUACCAUUUUGAGUAACAUUGUGUGUUUGUGUAGUGUGUAUAGUGAAUGCAGAGUGUGUGUUUGUGUAGUGUGUUUGUGUAGUGAUGUAAUUUGUGUAAAAUUGGGGGGGGGGGCAUUUUUUUAUGUUAAUUUUUUUUUUAUAUAUAUAUAUAUUUAAAUUGUGUUUUUUGUUGUUGUUUUUUUUAGUCCCCCCUCCCUGCUUCUUACCAGAGAGGGGGGAUAUAGUAUUCCCUGGUCGUGCGGUGGCUUGUUAAGUACUGGGGGGGCCGGCAGCAAGCGCUGACUUACCUUGCCCGCAGCUCCUCCAGUUCCCCAGUGUAAAUCUUGUGGCCCUUAGUGCUGCACGGAGCGUUGCCAUGGUAACCCGUGGCAACGCUCUGCGGCCGCGGGUCUCGCGAGAUUUAGACAUGGAGCUGCUGGCAAGGUAAGUCAGCACUUGCUGCUGGCCCUCCAGGACCACCGGGCUUGUAAUGAGCCUGGCGGUCGUAGGAGGUAUUAUCAGCAAUAUCGGUAUCUAUAUUGGCCGAUACCGAUAUUGCCGAAAAUACCGAUAAUUGGUCGAUCCCUAAUGCACUGCCUCCGGGGAGGGAGGAGCAGUGUGUUCCUGUCCCUAGAUGCAGAAAAGGCGUUUGACAGGUUGAACUGGUCCUUCCUCCUCGGGGUGCUGCACAAGUUUUGCUUCCCGACCCAGUUCUUGGCCGCAGUGACGACACUCUAUAGCAACCCAUCCGCAAGAGUUGCCACAAGCGGAUUUCUCUCCUAACCAUUUGGCAUUUCCAGCGGGUCAAGACAGGUUUGCCCCCUGUCUCCCCUACUAGACAUUCUAGCGCUGGAACCCCUCACCACCUUAAUCCAUAACCACCCACAUAUACAGGGCAUACAAGUGCAACAAAAGGAAUAUAAACUUACACUGUUUGCCGAUGAUAUCCUGCUCACCUUAUCUAACCCUAAACUCUCCUUACAAACGUACACAACCACGUUGGCAGACUAUAGUAGAUGCUCCUACUACAAGCUAAAUGUGUCCAAGAUGCAAGCCAUGAGCCUUAACAUGCCCAGUGAGAGUACAAAAGCUCUAAAGUCAGAAUUCCAAUAUGAUUGGCGGACAGACCACCUUACCUUCUUAGGAAUCAAAUUGACCCCCUCAGUAACUCAACUUUUUAGGGAAAAUUACACGAAGUUACAGACCCAGGUGCAAACGCUCCUCCAGGGAUGGCACAAAAAAUUUAUUUCAUGGUCCGGCCGAGUGGCCGUGGUGAAAAUUGUUAUUCUCCCCAAAUAUCAAUACCUAUUUAGGACUCUCCCAAUCCAACUACCGCCCUCCUACUGUGCAGGGAACCAACAAUUACUAAACCAGUUUAUCUGGGCACACAAGAAACCAAGGAUAGCUACCUCUAUGAUGUACAGACACCACACGAAAGGGGGUAUGAGCCUUCCUAAUAUACGACACUACUACCACGCAGCAAACAUUAACCCCAUUAUUACUGCGCAAACCCGAGAACAUCGCCCACAGUGGGUGGCAUUAGAGUCAGCAACCUCCCCAGGCCAUCAAUUCUUAUCGAUCAUGUGGAUCCCGCUCCUCCUUAAGCCUAAAGACAUAAAGAUGCUACCAACUACGGUCUUGACAAAACACAUAUGGGAAGCCUAUACAGCCACCCUCUGUAUGACUAAAGCCUAUUCCUCAGCAAUGACGAUCUCCACAUUACAAUCAUUGAGUCCUGACUUUAACUCCCGCAUGUGGGAGAGGCACCAUGUAACAAACAUUGCACAAAUACUGCAGGGAGACCCUAUCAUGCCCUUCCCAAAACUACAGCAACAGUUUAACUUGCUGAAUACGGCUGAGUUUGCAUACUUCCAACUGAGGGCAUGGCUAAUUAAAUACUAUAUGCCAGCAAUGAAAAAUGUAAAUGAACAGCGGUUGUCGACCUUCGAACGGGCACUAACUGCGCAAAUACCAGCAAAAAAAAUAAUUUCACUACUAUACAAUAGCCUAAACGAGGGCAUAAAAUGUAAAAAACUACCCUUUGUGCAAAGCUGGGAAUGGAACUUACACCUCAACCUAGGACUGUAUCCACUUAAUAGAACAAAACAAAACCUACGAAUGCGCAGCAAGACAGGCGGCUAAUCAAAAAAACUAAAUAUGGAAGAUAGCCUGGGAGCGCAGGAAUGUGGCCAUGGAGAGCCAUAAAUCACACUCAGAAAGUCCCUAAGCCCUUGAAGAGUGGACAGCCGUGCUCAUGUAAAUACCCAUGUGAGUGACUAACACACCAAAGGUUGCCAUACUACUACUAAUGUUAUAACUAAUAACUAAAGUACCAAUUAGGAUCAAGGGAUAAAGGAAAUACAUUACGCACAUUUGUGCCACACUAGUGGCUACAGAUUAACCUAAGGAUGGACAACAAACCCCCCACUCCCCCCCAGGGAACCCCGUUUCCCCCUUCACUGUUAGUUCUAUGCAAAAAGACUUCACAGCACAUGCUGACAUCUAAGCAUGAAAACAAUUGUAUCCCACAUAUAUCUAUGUUUGAUGUACCAAUGCAGCUGAAAGUGAUAUGUCAGUUUAUACUGCACUUAUAUAUGUAAAGCUUACUGCAACAUGUCAUGCAUGUCUGUGAAUAAAAAACAAUUAAAUCAAAAAACAAAAACUGCACAUACUGAAAUUUUUGCACUUUUGCGUCAGAAGCAAGUUGCAGCUCCAGCACACAAGACAGGUCAGUUCUGUGCAAAAAACUACAUCUGUCGUCAGCGUGCACCAUGUGCUGGCAACAACUGUAAUGAACCUCGCCCUUGCAGGCAGUGAACAUGGGAAGGAUUAGUAACUGACUCCAGUUAGGUGUGUGUUUAGAUAUGUUAAAGGUUACCAUCAAUAUUACGCAGCCUUGAUAUUUAUAUCAUAGCAUAAUCCAGUAAAUGUUCCAUCUGUAUAUGUGCUGUUAACACUUUUUGUCUGCAAAAUAUGUAUUUAAUAAAUAUCUCUGUUUUCACAUAUUACAGAUAAGACAUGGAGAUCACGUAUAUUUUGAAGAUGAUGGCUGCAUAUGUCGUUUACAUGUUGGUAAAUGUUGCUAAAUCAAAAAGUAGUUGCUGCGAUUGUUGAUGUAUAGUUUGUAUGUCCCAUUAUUGAUAGGUGUUGCAGCAUUUGGAAAUUCAUUUGGGGGAGAUUCUUGAAAAUGAGAGAAACAUCAGUGCUUUGUAUUUCAUAGAACACUUUGUAAAGUGAUAGUGACACUGAUUUAAAACCACAAUUUAUCUCCUCUAUGUAAAUGUCUCGCAUAUACAAUUUGAAAUCAUAGGACAAUAGCAUGCACAACUGUUACUGUGUAUUAACUUAAAAACAGCCUCCAUUAUUUUUAAGGUAACCAAGUGCUUCAAGCUAUUGCUUGUAAAACUCUUUGUACAUGCCUCAUUUCUAGUUCUUAAAUAUAUGUUUCUGGCUCUCAAAACCUCACAAUUCUCACACUAAUGUUUUAAAUGUCUUUUAAUGUGAAACAUUCAUACAAAUGUUCAGAAAGGAUCUUUUGAGGUUGUAGUUUCUUUAAGUAAAUUUUAAAGAGGAACUGUAACCACUACAGCUAAUAGUGGUUAUGGAGCAAAGUGUCAUUAGGCGCCGUCUGUAUGGUGAGUGUCAAGCCAGGGCUUUUCAGGCUCCCAGUUUUGAUAGGUAGCACAGCACUUUCAGCCUAUUAAUGGUAACCCCAAGUUGGACUGGUAACAUGACAUAUCACUUCUUUGGGAGAUGGUCUUUAAGUUCGGAGAGAGUCCUGUUUUUUUUAUAAAACUGCUUGGAAAUGGUUUGGCACUAAUCAGGGAGAAGGUGCCUGAAGACUCUUCCAUCUUAAUCAAUACAAUGAGCUUUAGUGGUUGUUAUGCUUAGAAUGCCAUUUUAAUUGGUGUUUGCAAGUUACAGGUGAAGAGAGUCUUGAAGUUUUGCUGGGUCCAGAUGAUUUUGGACUCCCAUACUACCAAAUCCAACAAAUCAGAAUUUCACCAAAUCACAACUUCCUGGCUGUUACAUUCAAAGGCACUGACUGGGAAGAAUCUACAUGUAUCAUUCUAAAGCUUGGAACCUUGCCACAAGUAACGCACUGUCUACAAAAUGUUCGCAGUUUUGGUAAGAAUAAUACUUCUAUCUAAAAAAGGUUGCAAAUUCAGAUUUCUAAGUGUCUUCUGAUCUUGGCAAAAGUUUAAAGGACCACUAUAGGCACCCAGACCACUUCAGCUCAAUGAAGUGGUCUGGGUGCCAGGUCCCCCUAGUUUUAACCCUGCAUCUGAAAACAUAGCAGUUUCAGAGAAACUGCUAUGUUUACACUGCAGGAUUAAAUAUAGCUUCUACUGGCUGUCACCCUGACAGCCACUAGAGGCCGCUUCUGUGAUUUACAUAGAGUAAAUUGCACUUAUUUGACGCUGGACGUCCUCACAGAGUCCAUUGUCAAAAAAGAUCCCCAUAGGAAAGCAUUGAGUAAUGCUUUUCUAUGGGCGGGUUUGAAUGCGCACGCACCUCUGGACACGCAUGCGCAUUCGGCUCCCCUCGGAAGCUGACAUUGAUAGAGGAGGAGAGGUCACCAGUGCCGAGGGAGCCCGGCGCUGGAUUAAGGUAACCAAAUAAAUGGUUAACCAUUUAUUCGCCGCGGAACAGGGCCCUAGUCACCGGUGACUAGGGCUCUAUAGCGUUGGGAAUACAUAUUUGUAUUGCUAACGCUAUAGUGUUCCUUUAAGGAAAAACAAAAUUUGUUCUGAUUUGACAAAACAUUAAUGAAUUGUUUCAGCAUGUUAUAAAAAGACAAUUAAGUAGAUAUCCCGUUGUAAUAAGAAACAAAGCCUUUCUGCCUGCCCUUUUUAUUUAUAAAAAAUAUGAAUGGAUCAAUAUGUUGUGUGAUUAAAAACAAAAUUAUGUUUUCCCAAUUGGAUAUUCAAAAAUUUUAGCACACAAAUAAAAUGAAAAGGCAACCUUUAAAAAAAAAAAAUAGCUUUUAUUACUUAACGGCCCAAAUGUCGCAAAUAGCCCUAUGGCACACCCCUCCAGAAACUAGAAGGUGGGUUGACCUGAAAUUGUUGCUCAUGAAUCAGACCUUCUGCAAUUCUACAUUUGGACCAUGAGAGAACACAGAGCACUCCCGAGAACAACAUGCCCAUCCAUCACCAACUCCAUCCAAUUAUGGGACAAGUUUGCCCUUAAAUACGAAUUAACAUCCACGUCCUCACCCCUAUAUGCCACAACAGGGCCUUCAUGCCAGGCAUGAGACCCAGGGACUUCGGGGGCCUUGAGCGAGCCGGCCUCCAGAGAAUCCACCAACUAUAUAUAGGCGACACCGUAAUCUUCCCAGAUCUGCAAUCUAGAGCAACCUUAACCCCAUUUAAAUUCUUUAGAUACCUCCAACCUAGAAACUACGUCACCCUAACGACGGUGAAAACCGCCGCCAAAACCAAACCGACCUUCUUCAAACAAAUCUGCCGUGCGGAACAAUACCAACGAGGUUGGUAAUACCCAAUAGAAUUUGUGCACCUAUCCUGUUAUUAAUAUCCAAUGUCAAAAAAAAAAAGCAGAGAGAAGUCAUAUGUACACCAUAACACUUGUAGCAAUGUCAAAACAGAUGUUCAGGAAAGUGGUAGAAAUUGGGAAGAGUUUCCCCGCAUAAGGGAAAGUCAAGUAAGAAAAAGAUUAAGUCCCUGCGAAUCUAUCCCCAAACGUGCCUUUGAGGGCACCUAUGUUUAGUUUGAAAUCCCAGUCCCACUGAGCUCUACUGACUAAAGGUUCCCUGCUUAAAAUGAGACCUACAAAAACAAAUAACAGGUGUAUGGGGGAAAAAAAACAGCAAGGUUCAGCAGUGUUAAACAUGGUCUAUGUAGAAAAGCCGUAUAGGCAAGAUAACAGAACCAGCUUUAUACGAGCCCCAGCGAUUGUUUUGCCGAUCAAGUGGCUCUUCCAGGGUUAUUCAGCCAGUCUCUCUGAGAAGCAUUUAAUUGGACCACCGAGAGGGAAGCAGUGCUGUUGGACACGAUAUAGGGUUAUGUUCAUUUUACAGCUUUAUUGGGGGUACCUUAUUACAAAUGCCCAAUAUGGCAUUCUGAAUUAAAAAAAUAAUAAUGAUAAUAAUUAAAUAGCCCAAAUUAGACCCUUUAAGUCUAAUUGGGGUUAGCAGACAUUUGAUGCUGUCUCCAAAGAUCAGCUUUAGUUACCUUGAGUUUUCAGAUAUGUGUGAGAAGGCAGCAAGGGUACACAUCAGAUCAAGAGACAAUAAAUUAUUUCUAAUAAUUUUUUCUUUUUGACAAUCUUUAUUUAAAUUUUUUUUUCAUAUAAAGGUUUUAUAUAACAUGCCAUGAAAUUGUAUAAUAUAAUGUGUGGUGUUUACAUUAGAACAAGGUGAUCAUGUGAUCAGGUGAACAAGCUGACGGUGGGCACUCCCGACUGUUUCCAUAGGGAGGGGAUCAGGGAUCUGGCUGCAGUAAGGAGAUGUUUAGUGAGGGGUUUAUUGUAUGUCGAUAUGUUCAUGUUUGUGUGGUUCAGGAGCAUUGGGAAUGGCUGGAGGGGGAGAUCUGAGUCCACUAUCUUGUGAAUGGUGGUGUGCACCAUUUCCCAGAAAGGUGUUAUCCGUGGGCAGGUCCACCAUAUGUGUAUUCCAGUCCCCUUGUCCAUCCCGCAUCUCCAGCAGGUCUCCGAGAUGUCCCUGUUCAUGCGGCGUAGGACAUUGGGCGUUCUCUACCAUCAUGUCAGUAGUUUGAAAUUAGUCUUUUGGUGUUUCGUGCUGGUCGAGCUUUUGUGUGUCAGUAUAUAUAUCUUUUCCCAUUCCUGCUCUGUGAGGUUAAUCUCCAUUUCUUCCUCCCAUCGGGCGAUUAAUUUUUUUUUGGGGGGGCUCUGUCUGUUCCCAACAGUAGCAUGUUGUAAAGCGUGGAUACUCCAUGCUCGAGGUGUUUCCUAUUCACGCAGAUCGCUUCAAAUUGGAUAUCAUCCCGUAGGUCCUGAAUAGUCUGAGAAGGUUAGGUAAUAAGACCAAAGGUAUCUCCCGGAUAAAAGAGCAUGUCGUCCGCGUACGCCGCGACUCUAUGCUCCUGUUGUCCACUGGUGAGACUCGCAAUUCCCCUGUCCCAUCUGACCGCCUCUAGAAAUGUUUCCAGAGAGAGGGCAAACACAAGGGGGGACAGGGGACACCGCUGUCAAGUUUCUAAUUAUUUUUAAUACGUUUUGGGGGUAUUUUUUUCAUGCAACUAAAUGUUUUUUUCUUUUUCUACAGAAUGGGUUACAGAUAACAUCUUGUUUCACACAAGGCAGGAGGACCUUCGUUGCCACCAUGUAUAUCUCACAGAUUUUACUAAUACCUGUGCUACCAAAUUGGUUUAUGCUGAACAGGAUUCAAGGUAUGUGCAUACACUCUAAAGUAGCUCUGUCUCCUAAAAACUUUUCUGCAAAAAUAAUCUAAUAAGGUAGUCCCAUAUAGGGAAAGCAAACCCACAGUCUCAUAUUGCUCUUCUCUGGGACACCAUAGAAAAUCUUACAAAUAUGCAGCUUGAGCGUGAUUUGGAGUGAGUUCACGUCUGCUUGAAAAUAGUCACAGCCUGUGUGAGCACUUCUCUAGCUUUCUGCACAAGUGCGGGUGCCAGGUUCGCUGAUUAGCUGUGAAAGUUUGUGUACCACCCCACUUAUAAGAUGUCCAUUGACUAGCAGUGUUGUUGUGGUCAUGAUGAUUACUGUCCAAAAUUCAUAGAAGAUAAACUUUAGAGGUAUGCAUUACUUCAGAGUAUUUAAUAUGUUCAUCUGACCAUUCUAUGUUGAAUUAAUGAUCACUUGAGACCCCAUCACACUUUUUCAUUAUUGUUUAAAACAUUUUUUAGCUGUUAAAAUAUGCUUCCAUGAUAACAUUAACCAGUCUGAACCCACACUGAACAGUGCUGUUCAUCUUCCAGCAUUCCACUGGAUUUGUAAGUGCUUAUUAUGUAUUUACAGGUUUUCUAUAUUUAUUUACAGGUUUUUUGUGGAUAUAUACAUGACGAGAGAUAAGCGCUUUUUAACAAUAAAUAGUAACUCUAAAAGCACUUCUGAAGUCUGGUUGGUUGACUGCAAUCAUCUUCUGGAAACUCCUGUUCUUGUUCAACAGCGCAUCCCCGGAAUGAUUUACCAUAUUGAACACAAAGAUGGGUUUCUCUAUAUCCUUACCAAUCAUGGAGAGUCAUCAGAAUACAAGGUAAUUAUGUUCACAUUUUUGCUUCCAAAUGUAGACCACGAUGAAUUGGCAAGUUGUGCAUGCUUAUAAUCUUAGCAUUAAAGUAGCGCUGCCAUUGUUUGAGAACUUAGCAUUAUUUGAAAAAACCCCUACUGUGAUAUCACCGCUGGGGAUCCAGUGGCUGGAGAACAGCAAAACUGAGUUUACUUACCAGAACCUGUUCCACAAGGGCACUGCCAUCCUCUUCCGACCGGUCCUCUUCUGCUCCUGAAGCUUCACCUGUCCGGUACUGAUAGCACUGCUGAUCUCUCGCACAUGCACAAAAGUGCAGCAAAAAAGGUCUAUGGAAGAUACCGUGGGACUGCGAUAGAGCUAAUUUCCCUGCAGCUGUCACUGGUGACUCCUGGGAAAUUGUUACUUCUUGAUGGCAGUAGUUCCGCCCAGUGUCAAGAAAUGUCUACUGAAACAAAAUAGUCCCUACUUUGUCUAAGUAUAUCUUUUUACUGAGUUGGAAUUUCAGUAAAAUAGUUUAAAUGUGCUAACAACAAACAAGUUGAGGAGAUCUUAAUGGUGGGCCUGCAUACUUUGGGCCAUAGUAGGAGAGUUAAUUGGCCAAAAGGUAGCAUGUCAGUCAGCAAUGUCCAUGCACAGAGCACUCCCAUUUGGGCAGAAUAUUUGAGUUGAUGAGUACAGUGCAAGGAUGUAUAAUUACACUUUUUAGAGACUUGUCUGGAUAUCACCUGAAGUGGGAGCGAAGCUGAAAAGAAUGUUAGGGACCCGGGAUUGGAAUGUUGAAAUUGAUGAACCUGUGAAGGAGAGACAGACAAAGGUUUCAUACUUGCUAAGUAAGUAGUUAAUUCUUAUUAGUCUACUGCCUCUCAUUUAUUGAUAAUAAUCAUAACAGCAGACAAUAUGUAAAACAAUUUUAGCCAAUUUCUCCUCUUACUUUUUUGGUCUAGCUAAUGAAAGCGCCUGUUUCAGGUCAUAUUGAUGAUUGGAGAUUGGUUUAUGAGACAAAACCUGAAGUUAAGAUUGUGGACAUGGAACUGUUAAAGGAUCGUUGUAUCAUGUUCCUGAAGUGUAAAAAUCGGCUAUACUUCGAAGUGAUAUCUCUUUCCACUGACAGAGUUAUUCAGUCUAUCAAGGUAAAGACAAAAAUGGAAAAUACUGCGGAUCAUAUUAAAACAUGUUAUUAUCAUGUAUGCCUGGGAAAAAUACAAAAUAUACAAUUUUAAAAUUAAUCAUAUUGCCUCCAGGGCAGAGUAUUUCUAGGCUGUGCUCAUAUGAUGCAGAAAAAGGGCAUUAAUAGGUUGAUGGAUGUUGCUACCUUAGCAGCAUGAAAUGUUUUGAAAGGUUUGUGUUGUUUUUAAAUUGUUUCGUGAUUCGGUAAAUAAUAAACUGACAGCUCUGCUUAAUCUUCUUUAUUAUUAUUGGUUUUUAUGUAAAACCAACAUAUUCCAUAGAACUUUUUACUUUUAAUAUGGACAAACAGUUGCAAGAAAAAGUAUGUGAACCCUUUGGAAUGAUAUGGAUUUCUGCACAAAUUGGUCAUAAAAUGUGAUCUGAUCAUCAUUUAAGUCAGAACAAUAGACAAUCACAGUCUGCUUAAACUAAUAACACACAAAGAAUGAAAUGCUGCCAUGUUUUUAUUGAACACACCAUGUAAACAUUCACAGUGCAGGUGGAAAAAGUAUGUGAACCCUUGGAUUUAAUAACUGGUUGAACCUCCUUUGGCAGCAAUAACUUCAACCAAACGUUUCCUGUAGUUGCAGAUCAGACGUGCACAACGGUCAGGAGUAAUUCUUGACCAUUCCUCUUUACAGAACUGUUUCAGUUCAGCAAUAUUCUUGGGAUGUCUGCUGUGAAUCGCUUUCUUGAGGUCAUGCCACAGCAUCUCAAUCGGGUUGAGGUCAGGACUCUGGGCCACUUCAGAAGGCGUAUUUUCUUCUGUUUAAGCCAUUCUGUUGUUGAUUUACUUCUAUGCUUUGGGUCAUUGUCCUCUUGCAACACCCAUCUUCUUUUGAGCUUCAGCUGGUAGACAGAUGGCCUUAAGUUCUCCUGCAAAAUGUCUUGAUAAACUUGGAAAUUAAUUUUUCCUUCGAUGAUAGCAAUCCGUCCAGGCCCUGACGCAGCAAAGCAGCCCCAAACCAUGAUGCCCCCACCACCAUACUUAACUGUUGGGAUGAGGUUUUGAUGUUGGUGUGCUGUGCCUUUUUUUCACCACACAUAGUGUUGUGUGUUUCUUCCAAACAACUCAACUUUGGUUUCAUCUGUCCACAGAAUAUUUUGCCAGUACUGCUGUGGAACAUCCAGGUGCUCUUGUGCAAACUGUAAACGUGCAGCAAUGUUUUGUUUGGACAGCAGUGGUUUCCUCUGUGGUAUCCUCCCAUGAAAUCCAUUCUUGUUUAGUGUUUUACGUAUUGUAGAUUCGCUAACAGUCUUAUGGCUUGACUGGUGUGCAGAUUUUUGUUUAGCAUUGUAUUAACUAUCCACAUACUUCAGGUGGAAGGGGUUUUCAAUCACAAUUUUUCCCCACCAUAACCUAAUUGAAUUUUGCUUCCCAAGCACUACCAAGCCUUACUAAGCAAACCAGUAACCAACCUCAUGCUGAAGAGUUGCAUUAACAACGAAACAGCUGUCCAUGAGUGGUUCACUGGUUUUGCAUCUUAUCCUAAAUUGUGUUCCAAGCAGUUGUAUACUGCAAACACAAAUUAAAGGAAUCCAUGUUUAAAAUGGAAUGAGGCAAAAAUGUGAUUCUUUGUUAAACUAAUUUGCAUAUGCCCACCCAGAAUCCUUUGCGGUUGUAACAUCACUGCUGAUUUGGGAUUUCUGUGGGAAAAGCAAGUCUUAUGGCUUGACUGGUGUGCAGAUUUUUGUUUAGCAUUGUAUUAACUAUCCACAUACUUCAGGUGGAAGGGGUUUUCAAUCACAAUUUUUCCCCACCAUAACCUAAUAUAUAUAUAUAUAUAUAUAUAUAUAUAUAUAUAUAUAUAUAUAUAUAUAUAUAUAUUUUUUUUUUUAUUUUUUUUUUUUUUAAUUUUAUUGUUAUUUUAUGUUUUAUUUAAUAUAGCCUAUCCGGGGUGGCAACUUGUAGUGAAGAAAAUGUUUUACAUUUGUUUACGCAGACUUUCAUAUGUUUACAUAGAAAUCAAUAUGACCUAAAGCGGGCAUGUCAAACGUUCCUGUAUAUAUUGAGUGAUGUACAAUAGUGAUAGAGAGCACAGCUGGGUUACAGCUUUGUUUUCUUUCUUGUCUACCGCUGCGUUUCACAACCUAUGGUGUGUGUGUGUGUAUAUAUAAUAUAUAUAUAUCCCAGGGGGCACUUCAAUACCUUUUUCAUUUAACAAACUAAUGGUAUUUGCUAGGAAAGAGUGGCUAGCAGUGCAUUGUGUCUCUACAAAAGGUUGGUUUUAGGGAUAUAGAAUAAUUAGUGUCCUGCAUUCCUAGCUUUUAAUGAUUUUUUUUCUUCCCAUUUUAUUAAAUUAAUGAUUUUAUUUUAUACUGAUUUACGUUCAUGUUGAAUGCCAAUUAGAAUUUAAAAAAAGAAUUCUAAUUAACUGUCCAGCCCUAUUGGGGACAAUAGUUGCUGCAAAGCUCAUUGGAGUUAAUGGAAAGGAUAUAUUUGUAGUAAAAAUGUUGCCUAAGGACCAAAAAUGGCAUUUCAUCGUAUCAGUCAGCAGUUAUAAAAUGCUGAGUUGGCAUUUGUGAUAUUCUGCAGAUUUGCAGCAACAGCUGCAGAAAGAGAAUUAUUAAAAAAUGGUCACCUUCACUGCUUCUUUGCCUCAUUUUGCUAGAAAUCAUUGAUAAACAAUACAGUCCCUACUUCUAAUUUCUAACUGUGUUGACAUUUCAUUAACAUUCUGCCUCAGUCUUUAUCUGUUUUUUCAUGAAGGUUAACUCUAUAAAAAUGGAAAAGUGACAUUGCUGCUUUAAUUUUCUUCAGGAUUUAUUAGUAACUGGGAGAAAGUCCAGAAGGAUAUCAAAGGAAGGCAGUAACAGGGUCAUGUUUGUCAACUUUGUGGGGUGUCCGGUCUGCUGCCUGGGUUCCAGUGGGGGCUGGAGAGUCCUGGGUGAGAUUCAAAGUUGGCAACAGUGCCUUCGCUUCUUACAUGUCGUGUACGAAGAACAUUUCUCCGCCCUUAAUGACCAUGAGGGUGCGCGCCAUGCGCCAACAUUAUUAGAGAUGGUGCUUUUUAGUAAGGACAAUAAUGUUCUCCUCCAUGCCAGGGUACCUCCCGAGAGGUCUGAAGAGACUGCGAGUUGCAUGGUCUCAAAGUUGUAGGGCAUGCGAUAUCCUGAUAGCUUCGAGGACUGCCGCCUUCUAUCUCUCACUCCAAAAUUGGACUAUUAGGUCUCGUAGUCCGGCGGCUGGGGCCUUAGGUGAUUUGGGUAUACGGAAUAGUCUCUCCGGCCUCACCGCUUUGCCUUGUCUCUGGGUUAGGAGUGCAGUUAUCUGGCGUUGUAAAAAAGUGCUGUAAUUCUGCUGCUGGAAUGUCCUCGCUGAUGCGAUUUUCACAUUCUUUCUACGUCUUGGGUCCUCCAGCGCAGCAAAGCGACGGUCGUAGGGCUCAUUAUGUUUCUGUAAGCCGAUUGUCGCCUGCUGUAGAGAGGCAAUUUGUUGUGUGUGUUCUCACGUGGUGGUUUCCUGCACUCUCAGCCUGCCCACAGGCCUUUGAUGUCUGCGCGGAUCACUGCCAGAUUUAACAGUAUGUAGGUCUGAAGGUCCACCAGGACUGACUUGUGCACAUUAGUGGUAACUGGUGCUGUGUCCGAGACGCGCGGCACUGGGCCUAACGGCUUAAAUUUUAGUGGGGCAUCCAUAUCCUCAUCUGGGGAGAUAUCGGAGAACUCAGUGUAGGCCUCGGGGUAUGCGCCCAUUUUGAGUCCUGCUGUGCUGUUUGCUUGGUGCAGGAGGUCUCCAAUAUGUAGGCCUGGACGCGGUUUGUCCUGUUUAAAAUGUUGUUUUUUUUCAGCCCUUAUCUGUGUUAGUGUAGCAGUUAAGUCCUCUGGGAUCACCAAUUUGGAGUUUUGGGUCUCCAGAGGGUAAAAAGCCAAUUACCCGAGCUCUCAUGCGAUGUGGCUGCUCAGCUCAGUUGCUUGGCUCCGCCCCCCUUAUUACCAAAUAAGCAAUAAAUAAUACAAUCUGAAAUCACAACGCGUUUUACCUCUGGUCCUGUCUUAAGUGACAGCAAUUACUUUAUAGUGUUAGGAGACAAUAACCAAGGUGAAGGCAGAGCCAGGCAUAUCAAGAUUACUCAAAGUGUAAAAAUGUAUUAGACAUUUAGUGCUGCCAAUUUUUGUUAUCGGCCAAUAAAUUCAUUGCACAAUAAUAAUAGAAAAUAGUAACAAUUAUCUCAAAUAUUGAAUUUUCUAAUUGGUAUAUAUAUCAUAAAAAACAAGUAAGAGAAGGGGGGGGGGGGUGAUUUAAAUAAACAUCUCCUAUGUGGGGAAUAACCCCUAGUGAAUAGCUUCACCAAAAAUGCACAAGAAAGAAGAAAAAAGGAGAAAAAUAGGACAGACUAGUACCAAUAGUCCUAGUAGAGUGGGUUUCCCUUAGAGAAAAGGGAAAUAAUGGCGGGAACCAUUAGUGUCUGAAUAGCACAAUCCCAAAUAUAAAACGUAGCUUUUAAUAAUAACUAACUAAAAAAACACAAAUAAUGGUGGAUACAAUUGCCCUCCAAGAUAGCUAUGUCUGUAUAUAGCCGAACAGCGGCACCUCCAGGAGCGGUCAGGAAAAGAGUCCCUCUUGGGGACUGGCAGCUAUUAAUAGCAGAGUGUAACAGAAAGGUGGAGAGAUGUUACAAAAUAAGUAAACACACGCUACUUAAGUAGUGUAAUAAGUAACCAUACACUGCUUGAUAAUAAGUUGUGUGGAUAUAUUGUCCAGACAGUAUCCACUGUGAGUCUAUAAUACCCUCACAGGAUAUGAUAAAGUAUCAAGGUGGAAUACUGUCAGGAUAAAUAGUAAAUUAUAUGGUAUGAUUCCCAAUACAAUAAACCUUACAGGAUCCUGUUUGAUGCUGUAAGUGAGAACCUGUCCAAUUGUAAGGCUAAAUAGCUGACACAAAUUAGGGAGAGAGGUAGCUAAUGAUAAAUGUGGCAAGGGAGAAAAAACAACAACUAAGCACUCAGUAGAUAUAUGAGAUAUAUAAGAGCCCUAGCCGCUUGUGCCUUCAAGGGCACCCCUUAACCCAAAAAGCCUAAUAGCUCCUAAUGCUUGUCAGUAGUAAGCCCACCCCCAAAUUAGAGAAUGCGCUCAAAAGAUAAAUAUCGAUGCCGUAAAUGCUCCUAACCGGAACCCCCAGGAUUCGGAGUUGCCGAUGGGUAUAGAUUUAUCCUGUCUAAGUAGCAGGGUAGCAAAGUAUAAAGACACUGGUGGUGCAGUUCAAAAGGGAAGGAUAACGCCGGGUACAAGCCCCUGACGCGCGUUUCGCCACUCAAAGCUCUUCAGAGGGGAGAGCUUUGAGUGGCGAAACGCGCGUCAGGGGCUUGUACCCGGCGUUAUCCUUCCCUUUUGAACUGCACCUCCAGUGUCUUUAUACUUUGCUACCCUGCUACUUAGACAGGAUAAAUCUAUACCCAUCGGCAACUCCGAAUCCUGGGGGUUCCGGUUAGGAGCAUUUACGGCAUCGAUAUUUAUCUUUUGAGCGCAUUCUCUAAUUUGGGGGUGGGCUUACUACUGACAAGCAUUAGGAGCUAUUAGGCUUUUUGGGUUAAGGGGUGCCCUUGAAGGCACAAGCGGCUAGGGCUCUUAUAUAUCUCAUAUAUCUACUGAGUGCUUAGUUGUUGUUUUUUCUCCCUUGCCACAUUUAUCAUUAGCUACCUCUCUCCCUAAUUUGUGUCAGCUAUUUAGCUUUACAAUUGGACAGGUUCUCACUUACAGCAUCAAACAGGAUCCUGUAAGGUUUAUUGUAUUGGGAAUCAUACCAUAUAAUUUACUAUUUAUCCUGACAGUAUUCCACCUUGAUACUUUAUCAUAUCCUGUGAGGGUAUUAUAGACUCACAGUGGAUACUGUCUGGACAAUAUAUCCACACAACUUAUUAUCAAGCAGUGUAUGGUUACUUAUUACACUACUUAAGUAGCGUGUGUUUACUUAUUUUGUAACAUCUCUCCACCUUUCUGUUACACUCUGCUAUUAAUAGCUGCCAGUCCCCAAGAGGGACUCUUUUCCUGACCGCUCCUGGAGGUGCCGCUGUUCGGCUAUAUACAGACAUAGCUAUCUUGGAGGGCAAUUGUAUCCACUAUUAUUUGUGUUUUUUUAGUUAGUUAUUAUUAAAAGCUACGUUUUAUAUUUGGGAUUGUGCUAUUCAGACACUAACGGUUCCCGCCAUUAUUUCCCUUUUCUCUAAGGGAAACCCACUCUACUAGGACUAUUGGUACUAGUCUGUCCUAUUUUUCUCCUUUUUUCUUCUUUCUUGUGCUAAUUGGUAUAUAUAAUCACUUUAACACAGCUUAAAAAGUAGUGUCUACAUUUUUCUAGCUCAGGAUGUGUAGUUUUGUCGGAUGUUUAAGCACUUCUGACUCUGUCCUUUUUGUGCACUUCUUUUUUUUUUUUAGUAAAUAUCUUUAUUGACAGGUGUUUAAGAGGGCAGUAAUACAAUAUGUCAUCAAGUUGCAGUAAAACAACAGUAAUAUAACCAACAACCAUUAUCUUCAAACGUUAUUCCAAGCCUCUCAAAAAAUUUAUUUUUCAUUAUUUCUUUCCCUACUUUCCCUCCCUACCUUAGCUUAACCUUCGAUCUCUAUCCGGAAGUAUAUAUCGUUGGUUGUGGAGAUUGUGAGAUUAUAACAUCGAGACUCGCAGGUCUCCACAGUUGUAGUGCGUAAUCAGAACAACAAUAAGCCAAGUGUGUAAUCUGAUGGGGUAACCAAAUGGUUGCCAGUAAAGUGGCUCGUGGGCCCAAAUGUAAUUUGGGUUCGCAGGUCUCCAGUGGAAUUGCCAUGUGUACCUGAACAAAUAUACAUGGUGGGGGUUAGUGGGCAAUGUGUCACUACCAGAAUUACGUGGAGCAAGUAGCAGCCCACUUAUCUGAACAUGUCUUAGGACAAUUUGGUAAAUUACAUGUUUGGGGCUACACCGAAGGUGAAACUUUAUGGCCCGCAGGUCAGAGCAGGCAGGGAACAUUUGUAAGACAUAAGUAAGAAAAAACUCGGGGAACCCAAGAAAAAACACACACAUAGCUCACAGGCCCAGUGGCCGGUGUGUCUGCGGGACCUGUGGGCAUACGGGUCCACUGCAACAUUUCGGGACGGGGGUUUCUGGAGCUCCUUCCCCCCAUUGGGAGCACAUGUGCUCACUUCGUUACAGUAUGGGAGAUAAUGGGGUAUCAUCCCAGUGAGACUCCGAGAGCCAAACCCUAUUUGGAGCUUGUAUCGACAUAUAGCUUAAGUGAAGCGUUCGGAGUCUAGAAUUUUCCCAUGACCAUUACCUAUGGCAGAGCUCGCGCGUUGUUCAGGCAUCCCUAUAUCCCAGUCGUGGUGUCCGAGUCCUUGUCGCCAGCUAACGUGUGGGAAGCGUCGAAGUUCCGUGUAGUAUGGGUAUUGCACCCGCAUGCAGGGGGGGAUGAGAUGUAUGUCAAUCGGGUUAUCAAAGGUCCGUCAUAUUUAAGAAAUACCCGUCUAAGCGUCGGGCAAACAGGCCACGAAGGGUCUCGAAGUUCUGCGUCUUGGGUUAGAGGUCAUCGUGUUUUAUCCGCGAACUUACGUGAGUGUACAUUUUGUUAGUCCCUAUCACUCAUUAGUGCCACUGCGGUAUCUGCUUAUCUACAGUCAACUCAUUCGGCCCCAGCUCCGGGACCCCAGAUCCCGGUGUGGAGGCAGAUGGGAAAAGAGGGGGUUAGAAAAGGGGGAUAGAGGAUAGUCAAGGUACAAGGGGAGUUGUCCCCCCGCCAUGGCCCACACCGUCCUGCGUCCCAGCCGAGGGUCCCGUAGUGCCUCCACCUCCACGGUAACGGGAAAUGUGUAAGUACCAUGGCAUCCACAUCUCGGCGUGCCUGGUUCCUCGACCCGUCAAAGUAGCAUGUGCUUCUUCAGCUCCUUGAAUUUCCUCAACCCUGCAGAUCCAUUCUUUUUUGUUUGGGGUAGAGCUCUGUUUCCAGAGAGCUGGAAUGUUAGCCUUAGCGGCAUUAAGCAGGUGUCGAAGUAUCGAUCUCUUAUAUGACAAUAUGGAUUGAGUUGAGAUAUGUAAUAAUGCCAAUUCUGCGGACCACUCCGUCUGUACUCCCAAAAUGAGUUAAACUGUUUCCCUAAUCAUUGCCCAGUAUGGAGCAAUAGCUCUGCACUCCCACCAGAUAUGGAGCACCGUGCCGCGUGUUUCCUGGCAUCUCCAGCAUAUUGGGGGAAUCGAGGGGAAUAUCCGGUGCAGUAAAGUGGGUGUCCUAUACCAGAGAGAGAGCAAUUUAUAGUUCAUUUCCUGGUAGAAAGAACUCAUAGAGCUCUUAUGCUGCCAAAGCAACUCCGUAUCCCAUUGCUGUGUCGUGAGUCCUUUCCCCAGUUGGUCUUCCCAUUGUCGCUUGAACGUCGUAGCCACCGACUUGCCCCCGAGUUUUUGUGCACUUCACAUGUUGCUUGGCUUCCUUACGUUUGCGUGAUUGGGGAUUGUUCAGCAUCUUCCUAUGCUUGUUGUCCUUUGAUUUCUCCUAGUCGUAUAUAAAUAGUUAUAUUUUCAGGUUCCAUCGCAACUCCUAGCACUAUCUGUAAACAAUGCAAGGGGAAAUAAAGGAAUUUUGCUAGCAGAUACAUAUAUUUGUAUCUGUUUAUAUAUAUAUACCAUUUCGAUCAGCUUUUAUUUAAUUAUUUUGUUUUUGUAUUUUGUUUAAUGACUAACUCUAUUCCCGAGUCACACACUUUCAAGAGAUGUGGGUGAUGUAGUUUCUUACCCUUAACAAUUGUUCAUUUUUGUGUCUGCACUGGAGCCGUUGCAGUCUGCCCAUAGUAAUCUCCUUCUAACUAUUAUAUCCAUUAAAUCCAUUUUGGCAAAAGACAGCUUUUCAAAUGUGUAUGCAGAGCUAAUUGGACAAAGAGUACCUAAAACAACAAUUCCAUCUGCCCUCUUUUAAUUUUUAUCCUAAAUUCCUUAAAAAAAUGUCUUGUUUUUUUUUUUUCAAAAAUGAGUGCAAUUAAUUCUCUAAAAUAUAAGUCUGUGCUUUUUGGACCUGUUUGGAUUUUCUGCCCAGGGAUGCAGAGGACAGCAGCUAUUCAAUUACUAGCUGCACCUUACUUGGCUACUUAUCAACAUCUCUCAUGUAUUAAGGCUUUUCUUUCCCUCUCUUAACUUCUUUGCCCUUGUCUGCAACAUGUAAAGAGGCGAUGUCUGAGAUGAAAGAAAUAGGAUGUAAUCAAAACAUGAAUGUGUUUGCAGCAGUGCAGUUACUAAUUUUUUAUUGCGUUGUGUUCAAUUGUUAUGUUUAGAAGCAGGGGAAGAAUAAAGGUUAUGGCCUUUCAGAAGCUUACAGAGAAUGAAUACUGAUUUCUUUCUUUCUUCUUGUGCCGGGAAUCCUACACAUAAUAGCUGCUAACCACCAACUGUAGAUGUGCCAAGAAAGGGGUUAUUGUUUUGCUCGAUAGUUUUCUGUAGCACUCUGUUUCAAGGCACCAAUUUCAAGUGACUAAAUACUAUAGAACGACCGUAGUGCAGGAUCAGUAGGUGAAAUCAAACUGGUUAGAUUACCAGAACAAGUUGGCCGAGGGCAGAUAAUAUAGGAGAGAGAGAGGGGAAUAAGAGCAGUGAAUAGAAUUACUUACUGAAUAUAACAUGUUAUUCAUCCCAAAGGGAUUUUCAUUGGGGUGUUUUUCAUAACCGCUAUGAACAACAAUCUUCAUAGCACUUUGAACCUAGCACAAAAUAAUAGCAGUCUUCUUUGCAGUCGAUCCGAGACCUACACACUUACGUUGAAAUACAUAGCAGAAUAAUAUAAGCUCGGCUUUGAGAUAAAAUACAUUGCUCACUAAUUUUUCCUUGAUAAAAGUUAGUGAUUGCCAGUACAAUUGAGCGAUUUGCAGCCUGUGUUUUUACAAAACCCUGUGGUUCUUCAGGAGCAGACAAGAAACAUCUAGUUAUAGCAUGGAAGCAUUAUUUUACACUUUUAUUGAAAAUAUCUCUAUAUGUUACAGUCAUUAAACCAUAGUCUUGUAUGCUUUUUUGUAGUAGAUUUUCGAGGUGCCCCGCAGUAAUUUGUUUAUAUUCUAUGUGAAUAAAAGUGGGAUGAAGUCUCAGAAACAAGGUUGAGAAUAAUUACCUAUACAAAAUAUGUAAUGUCUUCCUGCCAAAUCUUUCUUUGAUUUUCUUGGCAUACAGCCACUUCAUAAGCAAUAAUUCAACCUGAUGAGAAUGGUUCUCGGCCAAGUGAUUUACUAACUGUGCUCAGUGUUUAAUUUUUGCUGUAUUGUAGUAUGCUUAUAUCUUUAUUUUUUUUUAAUGUCUACUCGAUAACAACACAUUUUAACGCUAUUGUUGUUUUUUUUUAUAUUUUCAUUUAAUUGGUUCUCAAAUAUUAUGUAUCAGGGAACCUCAUAUAUUUAUCAGUUAGAUAUAUAAACAUAGAAUUUGACAGCAGGGAAGUGUUUGACCCAUUUAGUUGGUACAUGUUUAUUGAGAGAAUGGCAAAAAGUAACAAGAUAAUGCAAAGACUUUGCAACCCAUACGCAGUUCGCUGAAGUAAAAAUGCAUAUUCAGUGUCAGGUUUCCCAUAGAACAGGUUGUCCAAAUCUUUUUUCUGGACUUGAGUAGCUAUAAAAUUGAAACCAGCAGUGUGGGGAGGUCCAGACCUCUGAAUGAAUAAUUAAUGUUUUGGGUAGAGGAACUGGAGAAAGAGUUGGAUAAUAUGCUUUUCUCAAAAUGUACUUUGUCCACAGAGAACUCUUUAAUUAAAAUGCAUAUUGAAAGGGACAGACAUCCCUAAGAUCAAGUUAUCCAAGACUUUAUUCUAGACGGGACUGGGCAGAUAAAAUAACUAAAUCAGCACAGCCCCAGUGCCAAGAGAUCCUGGGGGUUCCUCUGGCUAAUUAAAUGCAAUGUUUUCGAUAGAGAAAUAGGAAAAGGAGAUUGGUCUUUUGAGUCGAAAAUGAUACCCUUGAAUUUGAUUUGGAGUUGUUUACCUUUCCAUCACCCGCCCACAUGUGUCAUUACCCAAAGUUUGUGCAACCAUUGGUUUUGAAUGGUAUUAACAAGUGUAACUGAUCCCCUAUACUCCAGCUGAGUAUAUCCGCUGUAGUUCUCCCAAAUCCCCAGUGAAGCAGUGAUUAUAGCUCCCAAUUCCCCAAACAUCAGCUUAGACUUGAUGAAGGCUAGAAAUCAAAUGUGUUUAAUCAUGGCCAAAUGGCCCACUUAUAUAAAAAACAAGGAUGCAGUAAAACACGCCCAGAACACUCCCACAAAAUGUCCACAACUUCCUGUGUCAGAGUGACUUGGCAUAAAAUAGCAAAAUACAUACAAAACAAAUAGGAAUCCCCACAAAUUAUAUAUGGUUAAAUAUCCCUGAUCUGAGUGCCCAAGUUCUCUAAAUAGCGCUCAGAUCCAUGUAGUCUAGUGGAAACGCCACCGUGUGGAAGUUCUUGCAGCUGCGAUAUGGGGUGCUCCGGCUGGCUCUCAGGUAGCGUUUGUUGCCUUUAUUCUCAGGCACCUUCCCUCCAAAAAGUGCUCACCUGGCAGAUUUCAAAGUGGUUUAAAACUGCAAACUAAGAUGUCCAGGAACUGCACGGUCACCUCCUGCGUUCUGUUCCAUUCGCAUGAAGGGAAAAUGCCGAACCAGGGCAAGCUACUAAUGGCGGUUGGGGAGAUUUAACUCCUGGACAAGGUCUUGGAAUAUGGUCCAUAGUCCUGGGGCAGGAGGCAAGCUAGCAGGCUCCUCCAGGAGCUCAUGGCAAACGUCCAGGGUAAGGAGCGUUUGUCACAACAAGCUUCUCUAGAAACCUCUUACAACAAAACUACAUACAGAUUACAAUAGAUAAAUGGGCACCAACCAGUCAUAUAAGGACUGCAGAGCUACCAAUAAUGAAGAGGCUUGGCCAAGAAUAAUUGUAGCAAGUAUGUCCUGGUAGUCAGCAGAAAAACUAGACCAGGAACUUGGGGACUUCUCAGCAUUGCAGAUUUUCCUUUUCUUUUUUUUUUUCUCUUUUUUUUUGUACAACUUUAUCGAGAAAACAUUGUUGUGUCCUGUAAUGUUAAGACAGAUAAAGGACAAGUCCCCAGCACAGACUGAGUCAAGGGCCGCGGAAAACAAAGGGAUAAGGUCAUCCAUAAUCUGUAGUGGAAAACUUGGCAUCUCAGCGCAAUGCCGAAACCUGUUCAGAUUCAGGAGCUAGAAGGGCAAACGCAUUUCCUUUCGUUGAUGAAAAUUUGACUUUAAAUAACACUUCAUAGACCAAAUUUAAUUUGACAAGAAAAUCAUGACCUGUUUCAUAGUUUGCUUUUUAAUUGAAAUUGUGAUUGAAUUUCAUUAUAGUGUUUAAAAAAAGGUUAUUAACAAGCAAAGUGCAGUGAACCAUUGAAAGCUUUACCACUGUCAGCAAGUGUUUUGUUCUGGUUUUUUAAUGCUUUCUUUUCUCUGAUAUCCGUAUAUAUAAUUAUCCUAUGAAUUGGGGUGAAACAGCUUUUCAGAUUAAAAUCGGUCAUACAUAUGCAGAGAUUUUGAGAGAUGUAGAAAAAAAAAAAAAAGCAUUAAUAGAAAUCGGACUGUUGACAACUGAUAAAAUGUGUUUAUUUUACUAACAGUUACCUGCUUGGGCCUGUACCUUUGAAUCUCACCAUUGUCCAGAGUACCGGACUAGCAACUUUAGAUUUUACCUGGAAUCUCCAAUACAGGAGCCAGUAUUGUUUGAUUACUCCAUGCUGGAAAACAGGCUAUUGAUGGACGACACCUACAAAUCUACAGACCAAGUUUACCGUACAGAGAGAUUGCAAGCUGAAAGCAAGGUUUGUACAAAUACUAACAUUUUAACCUUUGGUAAUUGUAAUGCAUUUCGGAAUUGUAUUACUGUAUAGUGAUCUGUCUAUCUGUCUGUUGUAGCUACUUGCUGUGUAUAUUGAUUUUGCAAUUUCUGCAAAGUUUUAUUGUGCAAUGAUUGAAGGUUAAAGGGACACUACAGUUGUGGUUCUGGUGUCUAUAGGCCUGGCAGACUUUUCAAUGUAAACGCUGAAUUUUCAGAGAAAAAAGCUGCAAAAAAGAAAAAGGUGAGUAAAAUAACUUUUUCACUCCACCCUAAGGUGGUCUGGAGACAUUAACAGCCGCUCCAGGACUAAAGUGUUAGGAAUACAUAAUUGUAUUCCUAACACUGUAGUGUUCCUUCAUAGUGAAUCUGUCUAGUGCACCUGUUUUGAACUGUAAAGAUCAUCUUACUUUAAAAGAGUUACUCCAAAACUUACUUUUAAAUAUUACAUUUUUAUGGAUGUGUGCCCUAUUGGGCACUUUUUGUUUUAUGUUUUUUUUUUUUGUUGUUUUUUUAACUAUCAAUAAAAACAUUGAAAACAUACCUGGCUUUCAGAGCCAGGCCAAAUCUUCCAUGAUCGUGUCCCCGUCUUCUUCAUCGUCACUCUGCAUUAUCCUUUUCGUGUAUGUGGCCCAGUGAAUGUAAGCGGCAAGAUUAACUACGUGACAGGUCAUCUUAUGGCUAAAGCAUACUUUCUUCCCAGUCACUGAAGAAAGAGGGAGAGGCUGUAUAGAUUGCUACCACCAUAACCACUUCUAGAUGCAGAAGUGGUCAGAGUGGGUAGAGUUACUCUUCAAGUUCUUGCAUUUGCUGCAAAUCCUAAGGUUUUAAGCAUAUGCUCAGCCCAGACCAAGAAGUACAUUGGAUUAAGUGAUUGGACAGCCAUAGACCGUUUGAGUUGGGGAAGAACGUACGUCUUACAAAGGCUGCAGACAAGAGAUCUGCAACACUUUCAAACUGUUUUUAGAUAUACACAAAAAAUGCAGCAAUAAGUGCAUACAUGUUUUCAUUGGGGUCAUAUCUAUUGUAUUAUUAUUUUUAUUUGGGCAGUGGAGAAUCCCUUUAAACUGCUCCAACUGAAAAUAUCUGACAUGUGGCUUUCUUUUUCUCAGGAUGGCAACUUGGUGCCCAUCACACUGUUUUAUAAGUCAUCUAAUGAAGAAUUCAGACACAAACCUCUUUUGAUUCAUGUCUAUGGUGCUUAUGGGAUGGAUUUAAACAUGAGUUUCAAAGCCGAAAAACGAAUGCUGGUUGAAGAUGGUUGGUUACUGGCCUAUUGCCACGUUAGGUAUAUCUGGGAUAUCUAUGUGAAAUUCAAAUCAGUCCCACAAUAAUGAAAAAAAAAAACAUUUUGUGUGUGUGUGUCUCUAUUUGACUGCGCGUAAGGCUGUUAUGCAAACACCUCACUGUUAAACCAUUUUUGACUUAACAGCUUAUCCCCUCCAUAUUGCUUUUGCUAACGAAAACAAUAGGUGAUGAUGAUUGGCUGAGAGUGUCAGCUGAUCACUUUCAGCCUAUCUCUACCCCCAAUUGCUGGUAUGAAUUGGUAUGGCUAAGGAAAUGUCUCUCCCUUAAGCAUACCUCAAGUAUGGACUGGGCUCUGAGCAGUUAGGGAUGAUCAACCAUUGUUAAACUGUUCACAAAUGGAGGCAAAGGACACUAUCACCAAUUCAAUGAGUUGUAAUGGUUAAAGCUCCUACUGUGUCCCUUUAAUAGUAGAAUUUACCUCAAUACAAAUUACAAAAUCUGCCAUUUAUUUGUUGUGAUUAUGAUGUCCCAUACUACACAGUGAGAAGAUAAUGCAAACUGUGUAUUGAGAUUUAGUUAUUUCUCACUUUGCCCUGGGCAGGCUGGACUUGUUAAUGAAACACAAUAAUUUAUUUUUGACUUUAGAUAUCUGCCUUUUAUGCAAUUUAUCCAAUUGUUCUUUAUGUUGCAGAGGUGGCGGUGAGUUAGGACGCAGCUGGCAUAAAGAGGGCAUUCUGGAUAAAAAGCAGAAUGGGCUUGACGACCUCUGUGCUUGUAUUACACGUCUCCAUGAAGGAGGUUUCUCUCAGUCUCGGUACACCGCAAUAGAAGCAUCCAGUGGGGGAGGAGCUCUGGCUGGGGCUCUGUAUAACUCCAAUCCAGAACUUUUUAAGGCAAUGGUUCUAGAGGUAAAACACCUAAUAAUACAGAAUACAUUUAGGGAUCUGCAAUACAUGUAAUCGCAUUUAAGAAGUAAAUAUAGUGGUCCUCAUUUUACGAGCUACCCGGUUUACGACGGCUCGCACUUACGACCAGCUCUCUAGCGUGUAGGUAAAUGCGAGCCGUUGUGUGGAUUAGAAGGAUUCCUUGCUCUGCUGCGUUCGGCUAUGUUGGGGAAAAUUUCCCCGAACAUAGACAAGCGCCCCAGAGCUGGGAAUCCCUCAGCUCCUCACUUACUGACCAAUUAUUUCUACGACCGGGUCGUAAGAACAGAACCCGGCCGGUAAGUGUGAAGUACCUGUAGUGCAUACAUGUGUAUUGUCUCUUUCUUUUGUUUAAACAUGCCUUUUGUAAUAUUUUCUAAUAAAAUUAGAAAAAAGUUAUUCCAAGCAAUCUUAUUUCUUUGCAUCAGAAAAUUAAUUUCUAGUUCUAUUUAAUUAUGUUUUUUCUUAGUUCCAUACCCUCAUUACUGUCUAAACAUAAAUGUUUUUGCUUCAGGUACUGCAGGCAGUCUAAAAAUAAUAAUAAUAAUUAGCACCCACUGCUUAAACCCUCGUCUUUUAUCUUACAACACCCAAGGUGUAAUGUUAGUGUUAUCUGACCGCCAGUGCGACGGGAUAGAGGCGCUGAAUGUUCCUCCUAGAGGUGCAUUGAUUCAAUGUAUCUCUGUGAGGAGAUGCUGAGUUGUGUAGCACGUUGUUUUGUCACGCAUGUGCAAUAGACUCCCAGUUCCUUUUCAUUGGUUUAGUUCAGACCUGCACAACUUGGCAGUAGGAAGGGGCCAAAACUAAAAUAGGUUAAACUUCUUUGGGUCGCAGAUAGGCUUUUAGUGCCUCACUUUCCAAAUAAAGGUAUACAAUCGCAUAAAAAAUUAAGAUACACACACUGACAGACGUACAGAUACACAGACACAUGGACAGACAUAAAGAUACACACCACACAUGGACAGACAUACAGAUACAGUACACACACUGAUAGACAUACAAAUACACACACAGACACACACUUGCAUACAUACACACCCACACACAGAUUCAUACAUACUGACAAGAAGACAGACAUACAGAUACACACACACAUAGACAUACAGAUACACACACAGACAUACAGAUACACACACACACAGACAUACAGACACACACACAGACCUACAUAUACACACACACACACAGACCUACAUUUACACACACACAGACCUACAAAUACACACACACAGACAUACAGAUUCACACUGACAGACAUACAGAUACAUACUGACAGACAUACAGAUACACACAUCACAUGAACAGACCUACAGAUACACACAAACUGACAACCCUACGAAUACACACUGAUUGAAAGACAUACAGAUACACACUGGCAGACAUACAGACAAACAUACAGAUUUAUACAUACUGACAGACAGAAAUACAUACAUAUACACAUUUAAGAAAAAAGGAUUUCUAGCUCUUCCGAUAAGGUUAGUAGGCAGCUAGGACAAUCCAAGCCAGAGUCUCUUCUUUCUGGUAGUAGGUAAGAUGCAAGAUGAAGAAAGAGGGUCGCAGCACCUUGUGAUUGUCUUCUGAUCCAGAUGGUGCUCAGUGUAUGUAAAAAGCAGGAGACACAAUAUAGUGUAGUAGGUACUUAUACUUGGUGAAGAAAUUAAGUGCAUUUCUAUGUUGCCUGUGGAGUAGCUAUAACAGAGUAUGUUGUGUCUUUAUUAGUUAAAUAUAACAGUUAAGGUAUAUACAUAAUAUUCUGUUUUGCAGGCUCCAUUUCUGGAUAUACUGAACACAAUGAUGAACACAUCAUUACCACUGACAAUCGAAGAACAGGAAGAAUGGGGUGAUCCAGUGUCUGACCACAAAUACAGAGAAUAUAUAAGAACGUACUGCCCUUACCAGAAUAUUAAGCCACAGGUAGAAAGAUGUGAUACUUUCUGGACAAUUCAAUUCAAAUUUGAAUGAAAGAAAGAAUGUAGUUCCAAUUACAAAUACAGGUGGUCUUCGUUUUGCGACCUACCUGUUUUACGACGGCUCGCACUUAAGACCAGCUGGGCGGUAAGUCUAAGCCGUCAUGGUAAUUUAAGGGAUUCCCUGAUCUGCUGCGUUUGUCUAUGUUUGGGGACAUUUCCCUGAACAUAGACGAAUGCAACAGAGCAGGGAAUCCCUCUAAUCUAUGUUCGGGGAAAUUUCCCCGAGCAUAGAUUAGAGGGAUUCCCUGCUCUUGUGCGUUCGUCUAUGCUCAAGGAAAUGUCCCUGAACAUAGACAAGCGCACCAUAGCAGGGAAUCCCUUAACUCCUCACUUACCAACCAAUUUGUUCUACGACCGGGUCGGUACCUGGUCGGUAAGUGAGGAGUACCUGUAUGCACGUGUGAAUACUUAAAGGGACAAUAUAAGCACCAAAACAGCGUUUAGCUUACUGGAGUGGCCUGGAUACCCAUGCAGUCUUACUACUCAAUUCUCUGUCAUUUAAGCGUUAAAUCACAAUUUUACUUGUCCACUUAAAAGUAUUUUGAUUUUAUAAAUAUAUAGUCUUUGUUAGUUCAGGAAGUUUAGUGGUUACUGUUUUUGGGAGCUCCUUUGGUAUCUAGAACAAUUGUUUUAUUUUGUCUUUCAGAAUUACCCUUCAGUACUAAUUACAGCAUAUGAAAAUGACCUGCGCGUUCCACUCCUGGGAUUAAUAAGGUACAUGAAGAAGCUUAGGGAAGCAGUUGACAGCUACUGCAAAUACACAAAUGAUCCAGGUAUUAUUGUUUUAAAUUAUAUCUUGUCUCUUCACAAUGUUUAUGCCUUUUUCUUUCUGAUAUUGGUUUACUGUUGCUGUAAAGAAUUUUGAUGUACUUAUUUUUUUUCUUGUAAUAAAGAAAUAUGCUCAUGGAAGUUAAAAUUGUGGUAACUUGGAAGAAGGUCUCCAGCGAUAUAUUUUACAAUACAACUUAAUGAUUAUCCAUUAAUAUUUAGUAGAAAAUGACCUUUUAUCAAGGCAUAAUACAGUGCAGGCCAGCCAGGCAGCAAAUAAUGGCUGAACUAGACAACUGUUAUAGCAAUCUAUUUAAAGACCCCAUGCCCAGUUGUAAAUGCCACACUUAGGUAACACACGCAUAUAGUGGGUAAAUCACCUCUCCAGAUCCUUUGGGAUAUACGUAGGGUGGACAGAGGAGCAGGUGCAGGGCGAAUGCAGCAACAGGCUGGAUGUUGUGAAUUCUUACCAGUGCAGCUAAAAUGGUGCAAUAAAGACAAGAGCCUCAAGAUAGUAAUCCUUUAACGGCCAAAAAACCUGGCAGUACAUAGCUGGAAAUCUCAAAAAGUUCAGCCCAUUUCUCUAUCCUUCUUGCCUGCUUUUUGAUCAAGCACUCUUGGGGUAAAAAUUCCCUUGACAGGUGACCUUGAUUGAAGUAGACCAUAAUUACUCUUGCAGUACCCCAGGUUCAGCCACCUCCGGAAGAGGAAAAACCGUAGCUGAGUGAUUUCUCACGGAGGAGCAGGAAGUGGUUCAAUUUUUUUUUUUUGGUUUAAUUCUACCUUGUCAUUUGGGAAAAGGAAUAUCCCUAAAGCAGCAACCUAUUUUGGCCUAGGUGUAAGGUGGCACAACAGAUAGGGUCAACAGGACAUAGACUUUUCUCCUAAGUAGAAAGUUGUUUCUUCUCCAAGCCACCUGCUUAAUCAGAUCCAGACAUCACCAGUACAGGCAGCAGAUGAGGUAAUAUUGCGGCACUCAUUGCAUUUUAGAAUGUCACCUGGAUAAACUGGAGUCUGUGCAAGCAAUCUGCACAGCUCCUCUACUUUUCCACCACUAGGCACCAGGGACUGUUUGCCAUAACUCCAGCCUCCUCUCCAGCGCCCAGUGCCAUCAUAAAGGUUAACUGCAGGGGAAAGAGAGGGAGUUUUAAAUGUAUGUAACUGUGUGUAUGCAUGGAAAUGUAUGUGUGUAUGUGUAUGUAACUGUAUGCAUGUGUGUGUGAUUACACAUUUACAUAUGAAUGUGAGUGCAUGUUUUUGUAUGUAUGAAUGUUACUAGGUGAAUGACUAGUUAUACAUGUAUGGACAGAAAGAGGUAGAUAAUCUUGACUGGCCUAGGCAGCCACAAACAUUAAAUAUACAGCUGUCUACAAGUAACGGACCCAGACUUUCCCAAAGUCUUGGACCGUGACCAAAUUAAGAAGAAAAAAUGUCUUAACCCAGUCUAAAAUUUUAUUCUCAUAUUUAAAUAUAAUAUGGAUAGGACAAUACAGGUCAUAUGCAAAGACAACACUCUGUUCUUAGAAUGAACUUUCAUUGUUUCCUUUUAUUCUGCAUAUCUCAGUACUGCUGACUUUUCUUAUUUAUUUUUUUUGUAUGUGUUCUCUUUAGGACCAUUUGUCCUCACACACAGAAUAACUUUAGAUUCAGAACUGCCUUGAACAUUGGGCAGAUUUAUUUGCUAAACGUUACACUAAUUAAUUGCAAAUGGAAAAAUUGACAAGAAAACAGAUCCCGAAAUAUUCUCUACCGCAACGAUAGUCACAACUUUUUGCCUCAAAUUUAACUUGUGAAAGUUGUGAGUUUAGCGAAUAACCCCUAAAUGCUUCCCUCUCUGCACCCCACCCCCCAUUGUGUGUGCAUUUAUGUGAUGUUUGCCAGCUGUGUGUAAUGUGUGUGUGAUGUUCGCUUUCUGUAUGUUGUGUGAUGUUUGCUUGUUGUGUGGUUUGUGCUAUUUAUUUAUAUUCUGUGUUUUGUCCCCUCCAGCUUAUCUUUUUGCAGUUCAUUGGGGGUUAAAAAGUCCCUGGUGCUCCAGUGUGGGAGCUUGUGGUCGGAACCUCUGGGGGUUGCAGACCAUUGAAAUCUCUCCCUCACUGUCAGGCACUCACGAAGUCGGAGUGCAUGCUUGGAAUCCCAGAAGCUGUGCUCUGACUCCUUAGUGAGUACUGAAGGCAAUUUACUAUGGUCUGCACCCACCAAAGGGUGAAGACCACACGCUUCCUGUACCAGCACUACCUUCCCCCCCAUGUCUCUUCUAACAGCCCAGCUACCUGCCCAGUGCCUGGAACUAAAUGUUCUCGGUUUUUGGCGGUAGGAGUUCCGCACCCCUAUGAUUUCAUGGAUAUAUUUAGCUUUAAAAAACUCUAAGCAGAAAAAUAAUGGCCAUUGACCAUCCUAUUGUAUAGAAAGUAUACAUAAACAUAGAUUGAGAUUAUAUAUAAGAUCCAAUCUGACCAUCAUCAAAUCUCCAUAUUUUAUUUGUUUACUCUUCAGGAUUGCUUUACGAAUUUUGUGAAUAUUCUUUAAUUCCUUUAUUGUGUUUUCAUUCCACAUCUAAUGGAAAGCUAAUCCAACUAUUGUACAUUUCCCAGCAUUAUUGUCUUUUGUUUAUGGUAAAUAUUUGUUUGAAAAGCUGGUGGCUGCAGAGAACCAUAAAAGGAUGGUAAUGCAGAAUAUUUAUUUAUUUUCAGUGAAUAAAAGGCCCACUAUAUUGCUUGAUCUUCAGCCUGGUGGUAGUCAUUGUGACUCAUUGUGUUGGGAGGAAUCACUGCAGAAGGUAUGCUAAGGGGUAACAUUCACUUUGUAUCAGCAAUAGUUAUCAGUAGGUUAAUAACUGCUGGAACUAUAUUCAAUGUAAUGGACAAUAAUGUUUUGAAUGUUACCAAGUCAUGCACAAUGUUACAAUUAUGAUCAAAUGAAAGGUUGGAGAAUCUUAAAAAUAUUUACAAAUAGUUAUGUAUGGGUGUGCUCCUAGAUAUCCCCUGAUUUUACCCUCAUGGAUGGGUAGGAGAGAGGUCCCUCUAGGUCUAAGUAAGAGAAACUUUAUUUCCUAGUUUAAAUACCCUAACCACUACAAUGCACUCUAGUGGUUGUAUUGCAAGGAGUCUCUAGGCUCUAUCAGAAGGGAGUCUGUCACAUUGUUCAGUGUGUAAAUGCCUGUUGGCUUUGCAUCCUCUAUAAUGAGCUCUGCCCAGAACAGUAAGUGAUCAUAUGAUCAGUCAGCGAUCAGUCAUUAUGUAUGACUAAAUGCAUGCCAGACUGACUGUGACAGCUUGUCUGGCUGGCCCUACUUUUGGCAGUAUAUGUGCAGAAUGCUCUGGGCAUGGGCUUAAUGCCCUCAUUUUACAUAGUACAAACACACCUUCUGAGACCUAAUAAAAUGUGAGGCGCUUCUUCCUAAAGUGCUAAAUAAAUGGUGCAAAAGUGUAGAUCAGCAGCAGACACUCCACAUAAACAGAUGUGCUUAAAUCAGAAAAGAAAACCACAAAUAGUGUUGCACUACUUGAUAUUUUUAAAGUGCAUCAUAAUCAGUGUUACAAUUGAUCAAAUCAAGUAUAACACCAUUGCGGACCCCUUGGUUCUCUUUUAUGUUUCAUUGCUGCAGCAUAUUUAUCUUAAAUGAGCAUGUGGGGUGUUUACCCCUCUCCCUACAAGCAAUAUUUACCCAGAACCAGGGAAUAGGCUCUGGUAAAUGUGAGUUAUCCUUUUGGGGGAUUAGUAGUGGUAUUUUAAUUAUACAAUACACACUAUGUUUAUUUUUAGGAUAUUAACAUCUGUGAUACCAUUGUAUGUAGUAUUGAUUAUUUAAUAUACACUAGUGUAUAAACUUGACUUGAUACAGUUUACCCUGGAUUAGGAUGCACUUUAUCAGUAAGCACAACACUAUGUGAGACAUCUUUUGAGACACUUGCACUAUACUAAUUCUAGACAAUCCGUGGGAUCUAAGUCCCUCGGAACCUAGGAAUGUUGGGAGGUAUGCAGCAGACGUUUAUGGGAGCUUCCUUUCAUUUGUACUAUGUAACGGACGGUUUUGCACACAAGAGGUUAAAAACCGUUUAGGCGAUAUUCCCCUUUCCAGAUGCACCGACGGCUACUGUAAGCACGAAUACUGGAAACAGCCGAACAGGAAAAUCCUACAAUCCGCUUACACUCCUGGCAAUCAGCAUACAAUCCAAUUCCCCCAAUAACGAGACGACACUUCGUUUUGAGGUCAAUCAGAACUGGUUUACUGGGGCUAACUGCCUGGCUUUUAUGCAGGUCUCCCACCUGGUGGACACUCCCCUAGGGGACCAGAUGGGAAACUGGGAAACAUAUUGGACAUUAACCAAUCACAAGCUUACAAUCCCACAAUGCAUCACAAUCCCUACUCUCUGUCCUGGAGAUAAUUGGGAAGUAAUCCAGUUAUCUCCAAGGACAGAGGCAAAACUCCAUUAACCACAUGGUUACAAUAAAACACUAAAAUACAAUAAAAUACAUAAUGUUACAUUUGUCACAUAAAAUAUAUACAUUCUAUAUAUCCCCAGAUAGCUUAGAUCUGAGCGCACAUUACUACCGAAUGGCGCUCAGAUCACAUACAUACAGUUCAAUCGCUACGGAGCCAAAGUCUUUCCCAUAGUCUUUCGUUACACGAAUAGGCUCCAUGGCAUGGCUAUCUGGGGUCAAACUACCGAAUGAACAGUGAUUCGGUUCCACUACCGAAUGCAGAGGUAAGGAGGCUGGCGGCUCAGCUGUGUUCGCGCAAAUAAGUGUCCGUUUUCAGUUCCAUAGUUUGGGCGCUGAACACCGCUGGCCGUUCGGGAGUUAAAAUGGCCGCUGCCACGUGUUCGGCAAACGAACAAAGGCCACCCAGCGUUCAUCAAUUAAGCUGCGUUUAACCUCAUCUUCUGGGCUGUCAAUUGACGGCACACUCCAGUUCCCAGGUGGUCCGUCGUUUGUUACUUUGUUCGGUAGAUUUAAUCUACCGAACACCCCGGCAGAAAGGCACGAAUAAACCUUUCAGCAGGGAAGAUAACCGGUUUUAACUGCAGGGCCAUAAUUUAAAGGGAGCAGGCGAGCAACCAGGCUUCUCCAGUGCACAGUGGUGAGGCUGGUUCCGCCACAUACUACAACCAUAAAAUGAUGGUCAGUGUCUCACAAGAAUACAGGUAAGUGAUGACAUCAUGUACAAUUGUGUUCUAAGGGGGAAAAAGGGAAAUUGUGCUGGUUCCAAGCAAAAUUCAAUUUUUUGCUUUGAGUUAAGUUAGAAUUUGGUAAUCACACAGUAACCCGUGUAGGUGUGAUUUAUAGGCCCACAGGACAAAUAGAAGAGUUAGAUUAUCUACUAGUUGAGGACAUAGCUAAAAUGGCAAUAAAGAGGGAAGUUAUCAUCAUGGGUGACUUUAAUCUUCCUGAUGUGAAUUGGAAAACCAAAAUAGCUGCUUGUAUCCGAUACCAAUUCCUACCCCAACGAAGACACUAAACGUCUCAGGUAGAUAGAAAGAUCCCUAGUCGGCAUAACUGACAACAUCCCACAACCCUAAAUCCUUCAGUAGCAUAACGUGCCCAUCCCGGUUACACCCUUGAGCCCUCUACGCUACGGGUCAAAUGCAUCCCUGAAAAUGCGCAAAAAAGGAAAAAUCUAAAAACACUAGAUGAAAGACCAGCGUUACCGAAUAAUUCUGUAUGGCUAGCUCGAUGUGUACUACCGUUAAAUUACAUUCAUCUUAUGUAAUCCAAUUUCGCAAUGUUCUAAAACCUUGCUAUACUAUUAUUGGCUUCUGCACAAACUUGGUCAUACUUUCCUUGUUAACGCUUUUUGUCAAACAAAAUUAAAGAAUUCCAAAAUAGCUGCUUGUGCCAGGAGCACACAUAUUCUAAACUCCCUACUGGGAUUGUCUCUAAAACAAGUCGUUGAGGAGCAAACUCGCAAGGAGGCCAUACUAGAUUGUGUUAACAAAUGGAGAUUUGGUAUCAGAUAUUACUGUAGGUGAAAGUUUAGGAUCCAGUGAUCAUUAGUCAGUGUGGUUUAAUAUAAGAACAGUGACUGAGUCACACCACACAAAAACAAUAGUUUUAGACAUGUGUAAAGGAGUCAUUAUCAGACUGGAGCAAUUUAAAUUGCGUCGAUGAGAAAUGGGAUUAUUUAAAAGUUGCACUGCUGAAGGCAACAGAAAAUGGCAUUAGGCUUGUCCAUAAAAGCAAGAAAUUCAAGAAACCACUCUGGUACUCUGCAGAUGUGGCCAAAAUUGUAAAAAACUAAAAGUUAGCAUUUAGUAAUUAUAAAAAACCCAGAGUGAGGAAGACAGAAUGAUCUAUAAGAUCAGGGAGAAAGAGGAUAAGCAAGUUAUAAGAGCUUCCAAAUCACACAUAGAAGAGAAAAUAGCACAAUCAGUAAAAAAAGGGACAAAACAUUUUUUAGAUACUUAAAUGAGAAAAGGAAAGUAAAACAAGGAUUAGUUAGAUUAAAAACAAAAGAAGGGAGGUAUGUAGAAGAGGAUAAAGGUCUAGCUGACUGCCUCAAUUAAUAUUUUUGUUCAGUAUGUACAGAUGAAAAUGAAGGAAAGGGGCCUCCGUUAGGAAAAAGGACAAAUUAGUAAUUCGUUACAUGUGAGUUUACAGAGGAAGAGGUUCUAUUUCAACUGUCAAAAGUAAAGACAAAUUGGGGGGCGUGGUCUGCGGUAGGAGCGAGCUGGACGCAUCCGUGUGAAGCUCCACCGGGACCGCUGGACCAACAGCUGAUAAAAGCAGCAGAUCGAAAUUAAAUAGCUAAAUACCUGCGGGGUAACCUGAGAUGGAGAAAAGGGCCCCAAAAAAGCAGGCGAAAAAACAACCGGAACAGGGCGCAACGGUGUCGGAUAUCUUCGUGGCCUCCCUCGCUAUGAGAAACACCACCCAAGAUGGCGGACUGGAGAGCACUGGAGGGCCUCGAUCUCCCUCUAGCCCGGGAUCUAGCGUUACACCUGGACCCCAGGAGACGGACGCCAAGCAGAUACUGGCGACCUUGGCGGGGGUGAGAACUCACCUGGCAACGGAAAUAGCCAGGAAUACCGCCGAAGUCAAGGUAGAGAUAUAUGCGUUGGGGACCAGAAUGGCGGUCCUCGAACAACGAGUGGAGUCCACGGUGGAAGCCCAUAACGCGGCCACUGCACAAAUUAACCUAUUAACAUCCACAACCGCUCACGACGUAACAACAUCAGGUUGCAGGGUCUGCCUGAACAUGAGGGGGAAGGCUCCCUGAUUGAGGUGGUCUCCUCCAUAUUUAAACCGCUCCUCCCAAACAUACCAGAGAGCCACUGGCACAUCGAGAGAGCAUACCGGGCGCUGCGUGCCCGACGGGCAAACGAUAACAGGCCUAGAGAUGUCAUCAUCAAGUUCCAAUUUUUCCAAACGAAGGAAGCAUUGAUGCGGCGCGGAAGGGAGGGCCCAAUUAUGUACAGAGGAGCUGAACUAGCCUUGAUAAAUUGUCUCUUUCAAAACGUUUGUUUGAUUUGUUGUUGUUUUUUUCCUAAAUGUAUAUGUUGUUCAUGGUUUAGCGUAUGGAGAGCGCAACACCCGGACGAUAGUGAUUUUACAUUUUACUCAGCCCCCCACGAUACCUAUUCGAGAAUAGAUCUGUUUUUGGUUAGCCCCUCAUCAGUACCCAAAGUAUCGGAAUCGACUGUAGGCUCCAUCACUUGGUCAGACGACGCAGACAUUUCCCUAACCCUGGAUAAACUAAGUGCGGCGUCCCCCUGGUCCUGGAAAUUAAUUACGUCUCUGCUCCAUGAUCCGGCGAUUGUCGACAUGGUGCGGAAGGAACUAACUGACUAUUUUGCCAGAGAAGCCGACUGAGACCUGUCGAAGGUGAUGGUGUGGUCAGCUCAUAAAGCAGUGAUCAGGGGCGUAUUAAUUCGUGAAGCAACACUAAAGAAAAAACGUAAAACCCUCUUGGAUUUAGGGGUGAUUAUUUCUAAUGACUUAAAGAUAGGCAGACAAUGUAAUAGAUCAGCAGGAAAUGCUAGCAGAAUGCUUGGUUGUAUAGGGAGAGGUAUUAGCAGUAGAAAGAGGGAAGUGCUCAUUCCAUUGUACAGAACACUGGUGAGACCUCACUUGGAGUAUUGUACGCAGUACUGGUGACCGUAUCUUCAGAAGGAUAUUGAUACUUUAGAGAGAGUUCAGAGAAGGGCUACUAAACUGGUUCAUGGAUUGCAGGAUAAAACUUACAAGGAAAGGUUAAAGGAACUUAACAUGUAUAGCUUGGAAGAAAGACGAGACGGGGGGGCAAUAUAAUAUAAACAUUUAAAUACAUAAAGAGAAUCAACACAGUAAAGGAGGAGACUAUAUUUAAAAGAAGAAAAACUACCACAACAAGAGGAUAUAGUCUUAAAUUAGAGGGGCAAAUGUUUAAAAAUAAUAUCCGGAAGUAUUACUUUACUGAGAGGUAGUGGAUGCAUGGGAUAGGCAUAAGGCUAUCCUAACUAUAAGAUAAGGCCAGGGACUAAUGAAAGUAUUUUUAAAAAAUUGGGCAGACAAGAUGGGCCGAAUGGUUCUUAUCUGUCGUCACAUUCUAUGUUUCUAUGUUUUUAUUAAUGUAUUUAUUUUAGUUUAAUUUAGAAAAAAAGAAUUAUUAUCAGAACUGUUGUCUCUCAUUGACAUUGUGAUCAAUAUUUGGGAAGAAUGUGUCUUUAACGUGCACCUGUUUGGUUUUUUGGGGGGUUUUCUUUUUUUAGGUGGCAGUACAUCUUGCUUUUUUAUACAAAGAGCUUAAGAUUGAUGACAGAACAUUUGUAAACAGGAAAUGUUGAAGUGACUGAGCCGCUUAAACAGCUCUGAUUUCCAAAAUGGUAAAACACGAUCCACUGACAUCGACAGGAGUCUCUCAGUCCACUGUAACUUUAUUGCCUUGUGUAAAUGUUACAACACAAACUGCUGUUUUAUUUUUUACUUUAUUUUCCAAAUGAAGGAUUUUUUAUUUGUCGGUCCAUAGUAUAGCAGCAAAUCCAUUGCAGUUGUGUAAUUAUGUAAAUUCCAAUUCUUUUCAAAUAAUAUAGACUAUACUGCAAGUAUAUUGUGUAUAUAAUUAAAAAA